GCGCUCGAAAUGAACAUGUCGCCACUUCCUGUCCUCUCUCCCCACAAUAAACUCUAUGGUUUCACUGGCUGGAAGCCUCCCACAAUCACAUCUCCCCUAGGGGGCGCUGCAUAACAAAGCCUGACCUUGUUUUUUCAUUCCCGCUACAGGAAGACACAAAGACAAUCUCUUUGGUUCUAACGGUGUCAAAUAAAAAAAGACGAUGUCACUAAAGAUAACUCGACCAUUAGUUUAUUCCACAACUUAAAGAGCAAUUUACCCGCUGCAGACAUCCUAGAAAUGCCCGAGAGGCCUUUACUGUCUUUCAGUGUGGUCCCUCCCACCACAGCCCUGGCAGAGUCCCGGUUCAAACAUGGCGGCGGCUGUGCAGUCACGUGCCACCCGCGAGUUAACGAUGGAGUGGGGGUUCUGAGUCGGUUGGGGGCCGCCAUGUUCGUGCGCAGCCACCCGUCUACCAUGUACCGUGACUGUUAGAAGCUGCGCGCCCCCAUCCAGGCAGAGCCCUCGGUAUCACGCCAUGUCAGGGGGACGGUAUCCGCUGUGCUUGUAAUAUUAUGCACCGUCAGACGGGCACCGUGUUGGCAUACUGACACCGGGCUGCCAUGCCGGCCAAACCGUGUGUGUGUGUACAUACUGAGUGUCUAUCCGUACAGUGUGUGUGACAGACUGUGCCUGCUCUCUCUCUCUCUCCUCCCCCCUCCCAUUCACUCUCACACUUCCUCCCUCCUCCUAUCCCCCGCCUCCUCCGCCCUGGCUCCACAGCCACUCGCCGCCGCCUCCUCCAAACAACACGGCGUUCCUACAUCACCCGACAACAUGGAGGCCGUCAAAACCUUUAACAGCGAGGUUUGUAUUCCCUGAUUUCCAUCCUCUGUCUCUGUACUCCGCACACUCACUAUCUCUCACUCAGCCCCGUGCAAGGCUCGCUCCGCGCACUCACUCACGCCGGAUGGGCUACCAGGGCCCGGCAGGGCUUUCCAUUCCCUUGGUUUGACCCUUCUUAUCUCUUCCUUCCUUUACCAGGCCUGGCUCUGAUUGUUUUACCUCCCCGUAUUGCACAUUGAAACAUGCAUUUCCCGUUGGCCUUGCAGGAGGCAGCUCUGUGUCUCUUAUAAUGGUGCACCCUGUGCAGUGCCCCUUACAGGCCAGCACUGAGCACUAGGCCCUUAAAUAUCCUGCAGUGGGACAGCUUCCUUAAAUAUCUUUGUUGAUGAAAGGUGGCUUAGCAGAGCUAGAAAUACAUAUUUUGAAACACCGUUUAAUGAAAUGGGAUAAUGAAUAAGCUAUGUCACCCCUCCCCACAUACACUAUGUUUGUAUUAUGUAUUACAGUAUUCAUUUGCAGUGCCAAUAUACUGUAGUAAGUUAUAAUUUCUUAUUAUUUAGAAGCAGCACCUGCAUCAUGUAGUGUUUUAGCGUGCAAUGGUUCAGAUCGUUAUACAAUGUUGCAAGUAACCAAGUAAUAGCACCUAAAGCACUUACAAAGAGAGAUUAUAGUAUUGAUAGUCAUUAUUAUUUUAAUCAGUGCAUAUUAAAAUAAAACUUGCAAGUCAGAUUCACAUCCAUUGUUUCUGGGGUGCCAAGUUGUUUCUGAAAAACUACAUGCUAAUAGUAGUCAACAUUUCCCCUCUCACUGAUGUAGUACCAUAGACCAACAAGUUUGUGCCAUCAUCAUGUUUUUAUUUUGGUUCUACAGUUUAUGGAACCUAGCUCUCUUACAUCAGGGGACUUUUCUGUCUUUAUUUUGUGUAUAUCAUACUCUAAACUGGCUUCUCCACGUUUAGCGGGUUUGUUCUCAUAAUAGGAUAUCUGAGGAAAAUCACACAGUCCAACAGUUUCUAAGACAAAUGAUGCACAAUCAUCUACAUUUGAGCAGUGACCAAAAUGUAUGACUAACAUCACUAUACAUGAUGCACUUAUUUCUUUAAACAUCAGUUUAGCCUAUUUUGAAGGACAUUUUGAAAAGUGGUGGUGUCAAAUUCUGUUCCUUGAUAUUUUUAGUGGUGUGUGUAAAUACAUUAAAGCAGAAAUCAAAAUUGUCACUCAUCCAUUAACCAUUGAUGAGUAAAAGUUAAGCCAUGGACUCUCCAGGUUUGCAGUGGUGAAUAGCUAUUCAAUAUUUAUUAUUAUAUUUACAUAGCGCCAACAAAUUCCGUAGCGCUUUACAAUGGGUGGACUAACAAACAUGUAAUUGUAACAAAACAAGUUUGAGGCACAGAAACAGAGGGGUUGAGGGCCCUGCUCAAUGAGCUUACAUGCUAGAGGGUGUAGGGUAAAGUGACACAAAAGGUAAGGAAAGUAGAUUGGUAGAAUAGUAUUUAAAGAAGACUUAGUGUGGGGUUUUGGAGCCAUUAAAGGAGCACUAUAGUGCCAGGAAAACAAACUCGUUUUCCUGACACUAUAGGGUCAUUAGGUGCCCCACUCCCACUGGGCUGAAUGGGUUUAAACCCCUUCAGCCACUUACCUUUCUCCAGCACCGGGCUCCCUCUGUGCUAGGGAACAGUCCACCACCUGCCGAGGUCAGAUCCGAAUGCGCAUGCGUGGCAAGAGUAUUACUCAAUACUUUCCUAUGGACGUCCAGCGUCUUCUCACUGUGAUUUUCACAGUGAGAAUCGCGGAAGCGCCUGUAGCGGCUAUCAGUGAGACAGCCACUAGAGGCUGGAUUAACCCUCAGUGAAACUGUUUUCAACUGCAAGGUUAAAACUAGAGGGACCUGGCACCCAGACCACUUCAUUGAGCCUAAAGAGGUCCUUUAACAGUUUAAUUGAUAUGCUUUUGUGAAAAAGUGAGAGAAUAGACACAGGUCUUCGGCAGAGCGUAGGGGCCUAGACGAAACAUAUUUGUGUAUUAGGGAGGAUAGAUAGGUGGGAGUAGCAUUAUGUAAAGAUUUAAAAGCAAGAACCAGAAUUUUAUAUUGAGCCCUAUAUCUUAUGGGAAGCCAAUGCAGGGUCUGACAGAGGGGUGAGGUGCAGGCGGAAAGAUGAGCCUCGCCGAUGCGUUCAUUAUAGACUGCUGUGGGGCAAGUUGGAAACAUGUAAGACCAUUAAGAAGCGGAUUGCAGUAGUCAAGGCGAGAGAGGACAGUGGUAUGGACCAGCACCUUAGCCACACCUGGCGUUAAAUAGGGGCGGAUGCGCGCAAUGUUUUUAAGAUGGAAUCGGCAGGAUUUGGUGAUCGACUGGACAUGAGGGGUAAAGGAGAGGUCGGAGUCAGAGUACACCUAGGCAGCGAGCCUGCCCUAUAGUAGUGGAGGAUUAGAAAUUUUGAACUCUAGUAUAAUUAUAUCUUCAAUGUUUUGCAGUUUUCUUAUGCUUGCCUGAAUGCUAACAGAAGGCCGUCACAAAAACUUUUCAAACAUUCAGGACUUAUUUUAGUACUGAAACAAUGAUCUUUGCCGCAUAAAAAAAAGCAUUCUGAACGUAAAAACAGAAAUGUCAUUUCUCUGGAGGGGACUGUUUCUAGUUUCAUUAUCCCAGUAAAUGGCAUUGAAACAUAUGUGUGUGAAUAAUAUGGUUUAGGACAGGUGAUGCUUUGGGUAUUCACAGAGAAAUUCAGUAAAAGCGCAUGGACACUUCCUACAGUUAUGCCAUGUAUGUGUGUCAUUGCAGGGGUUAAAUUUACCUUAAGUACCCAGCAGCCAAAGUUUACAGCUAGUUUUGGUGGUGUGAUCUUACAAAUGUUUAGUGUAGGGAUUAAAAGGGCAAGUUUACUGUAAAGGCAGUACUGGUAUAUACAUAUCCCACUGCUGCCCGAGAGUUAGUCCUAGGAGGUUAUUUCCAGUAUCAGUGAUACUCAUCUCAGCUAAUCCAAUUUUUCUCCAUAGAGAACUGAGUGAGGCCUAGUAGGCAUUUCCUACUAUAGGGCACAUUCAGAAUCAUACUGAGCACGAGGGCACCUAUAGUCACUCCUGCAUAUAUUUCAGAGGUGUAGGAAGGAGUCAUUUCUAGGAGAUGUCAGUCAUGAUCACAAGAGGUGUGCUUACAGUUUAAAGCAAUCUGACUUUUAAUAGAAAAGGCGCUGUUUAUAAAAGAGAGGCUGGAGGUUGAGGCUCUUUACACAAACAUCACUUAAUAAAGCUGUAGUGCUUCUGGUGAUUAGAGUAUCUGACAGUUUGUAUUUUCAGUAAACUAGGUAUUUUUUUAAAAUAUGAACUAUUCACACAAAGGGUUAAUAUAACCCAUUCAAUGACUGAUUCUCAUUAAAAAUAAUCAUGUUUGGACACUAUCAGAGGGUAGUGGAGGAAUGAGCUGGGAGGUAACAAAAGUUGGAAGGUUGAGAGGUUUAUUUGGAAGAGAAAAAUGAGGGAGUGUAACAUAUGAUGAAGAGGGACAAGGGAUCAAAAGAUAUAAUUAAUGUCCACUCUUAUAUUCUACAGAGAAUACACAUAUGUAGACUUGCAUAUGAAAUACACUAGAAACUGUAGGAUUGUGCAUAUUAAACUCUGCAGGCUAGAGGUUGUGCACCCCUAACUUACAGGAUCAAAUUAGUGGCAUACCCUUGUGUUGGCAUGCAUCUUCCUUGGUAUUUGGUAAUGUUGCACUAUCUGUGUCAAUGUACUGGCCAGCGUCAGACUUUGAUACUGUUUGAAGCCCUAGUACUAACAAUAAAUGGACAGUAAAGGCACCCAGACCACUUCAUCUUAUUGAAGUGGCCUGGAUGCAAUUUCCAUGUUCCCUUAACCUUGCAAUGUAAAAAAUACAGUUCCUGAGAAACUUGCAAUGUAAACAUUGCAGUGCUAAGACUGCAUCCAUGAAAUGACGCUGGAUGUUCUCACGCUGCGCAUAAGGACAUUCAGCAUGUUUUAAAAACUUCAUAGGACUGAGACAAUGCCUAUGAAGAAAGCCUAAUGUGUGCGUCGCGCUCUUCACACAUGUGCUUUAGUUCCCCACAUCUGUGGAUUAAGAUCAUGACCCAGUGUUGAGGGGAGCACUGGAAUUGGGUAAGGGAGAGGGCUUUAUAGUGUUAGGUAUAGGGAUCGACCGAUUCUUGGCCAAUAUUCUGAAUUUUUCGCAAUAUCGGUAUCUGCCUAUAAAGAUACCGAUAAUGCAGACCAAAGCCGCCAUCAGGGCAUGAAAACCAAGACGGUUGUCAUGGGCCUGGGAGGCCCGCAGCACACUCUUACUUACCUUCCAUUCAGCUCCCCUGUCUAAAUCUUGCGAGUCCCGUGGCCAUCAGAGCGUUGUCACGGCUUACCAUGGCAAAGCUGCAGGCAGGCUGCGAGAGUUAGACAGGGGAGCUGCUGGGAAAGGAAGUAAGAGUGUUGCUGGGCCCCCUCUGCAGAGUGCAGACCACCAGGGAAUGCCAUAUCCCCCCUCCCUGGCCAGGUAAGAAGCUGGAAGGGGGGACUAAAACAAUGUUAAAAAACUUUUUUAAAUGCCCCCUCUCCCCCAUUUUACACACAUUACAUACCUACACAAACACUCACUGCAUUUACUAUACACACACUGCCUUCAUUAUGCACACACUACAUUCACCAUGCACACACUACACACACACUCUGCAUUCAUUAUGCACACACUACACAAACACACUUUGCAUUCAUUAUAUACACACUACACAAACACACACUGCAUUCAUUAUAUACACAAACACACACUGCAUUCACUAAUCAAAUACUCUCACUGCAUCCACUACACACACACAUUCUUGAAAACAUAAACAAUUCUGAUUGGCAUGUACAUUUUGUGUAUUUACCUUAAAGGACCACUAUAGUGCCAGGAAAACAAACUCUUUUUCCUGGCACUAUAGGGUCAUUAUGUGUACAUUUGUGUAGAAAUAGUUUAUGGUAAAUGUACAGAAUAUCAGUAAGUUAUCGGCUUUCGUCCUGAAAGUUCACAGAUUAUCGGUAUCUGCUCUAAAAAAUCACUAUCAGUCGAUUCCCUAAUUAGGAAUGCACUUUUGUAUUUCUAGCACUAUAGUUUCCUUUGACUGUUGAGCAGAUUGGCUCUUAUUUCUAAGAUUGCAUUGGGGGACCUUCAUAUUGCUCUUUUGACAAUUCCCUGCUACUGUAAGACAUGUAAUUCCUCAUGUACAAGGUACACACUUGUCACCAAGUGCAUAACUGGCGGGGCAGUCUCAAAUGGGCUAAACAUAAUGUUGGAUCAGUAAAAAAUUCUUAAUUCUUAAUAGAAAUCUCAGGCAGCAGAGGAAUAUCAGGCCUCCCAACAGUCUUGAUAUUGGCGUGGCAGGUAAAAAUUCGGGGUCCUCUACCACAGUCCUGAUUUAGUUAACUAAUGUGCCGCAUCUGGGGAAACCAAGGAACUGUCCAUGGACAGCACAGCGUGAAGGCAUCAUUAGACGUGCUUGCUCUAUGAACGGGAACUCGGAUCAUAUCUGUAUAGUCCUGUAUGGAGGUGUCCAGUCAGGAGACUGUCAAGCAGUCUAGGGUGCUUGUUGCCAGCUUGACCCACUCUUUCAGUGAGCGGAUUUGUUCACUAAUGGGCAUUAUCAGUGAGGCCACUGGCAUCUUCCCACAACGUCUCAAUCUCGUACCUCCCAAUGUUGGAUGGAAUAAAAGUAAGGUUAGAUUGCUCAUUGGCAUAUUGAAGGACUCACUUUUGUUUGUAGGCCAUUGAUUAUUAAAAUGUGUUAAAGUUCUAGGUAUAGGCAUUACUGUCUUGUCACCAACAAAAGAACUUGCUAGAUUUUUUAUAUUUUUAAUAUAAUAACACUGAAACAAAUUCUUUGGAUUGGUUCUCACAAGGAAGUCUAAAUAAAUCUUUGCUUUGAACUGUGCAAGGGUUUAUAGUAAAUUUUUUCCUAGAAAAUCAUGAUUUGUUUGAGAACACUCCAGGGGUAACUACAUUUAUUUUGAGUAAAGUGUUUUUUCUAUUACUUAGAAUAGUAAAUUGUAUUAAUUUAAGAAUUCUCCAAACUAGCGGGUUUCUUUGGAAAUUAAGACCUAGUUGUACAGCUUGCAUAAUAACCAUUAUGUGUGCUGUUUAGUAAAAGACUUUGAUCAAAUGGACAUUUUGCAUCCAAACAUUUUUAGUUUUCAUUCAUCUGGUGUUUUGCUGCAAAGCAUCACAAAAAACAUUGUACACGAAGUAGCCUUAAUUUGUACCUCACUACUGCCAUCAAUCAAGAUUUACUUUCCAUGUAAUAUAGACGAGGGGGGCUGCACAUUACUAUAUAACUUCCUACACACAUUAAAGGAACACUAUAAUGUUAGGAUUACAAAGCAGUAUUCCUAACACUAUUGUGUCCCUCUCCCUGCCUCCCCCCACCGCACUGCUGUUAAAACCCUUUAGUUCUCUUUCCUUAUUCCAGCGCCAAACUCCCUUGGCUUUGGCUUAGCCACCUCCAGUGUCAGUGCCAAGGAGAAUCUAGUGGGCGUGCACAGCAAGCACCAUGUUGCGCAUUAGGCCCAUAGAAAUCAGGGGAUCUAUCAGUAUGUCCAGCUUCAUUUCACGGAGUUACAGGGAUUCUAUAGUGUUAGGAAUACAAAUCUCCCUCGGACGACCAAUGUCAUUUUAAGAGAGUCCGUUAGAAUCCAAGAAGUGCAUCUAGUGCCUGUAUGAUAAUCACUAGAGGUAGUCUUACUUCUGCAAGGUAAUUAUUGCAGUUUCUCAAAAACUGCAAUGAUUUACAUUGCAGGACUAUGGGGAACAGGGACAGUGUAUUCCUAACACUUCAGUGAGAUAAACUGGUCUUUGUGACUAUAGUGUCUCUUUAAAUAGUGCAGAAUGUGCUUCUAGUUCCUGUCUGGUACACAGUCACUAAGUAAAGUCUUUCCCUGCGAUGUAAACAUUGCCGUUUCAGAGAAACGGCAGGGUUAAGGGGACAGUGCACCCAGACCACUGCAAUGAGAUAAAAGUGGUCUGGGUGCCUAUUGUGUCUCUUCAAUGUUAUUUUAGCCACCUACCUUUUCCAUUACUCUUAAGCAGCACGAGAACAGCUUUCUUGGGGACCGGGCUAACAAGACACAGAACUGCUGUUGUCCCUUGCAGAUUUUUUUGAAAUCAUUUGGAGGAAAUGCUCUAACGUCACUUCAUCCCAGCACUGCCUUCUGCAUUCACCGCUAGAGUUGACCACUCAGUCAGCACUAUAAAAAAGAGGCUUUUAUAUAUAUAUAUAAUUUUUUUAUUUUUUUUUCCUUAAACAAACAUUCACUUUGAAAGGAAGUUGGCAGCAGAAUUCAUCUUCUUCUUGCAUAUAUUUGAAGGGUUAAAUCAGCCCGCAAUGCAGUAAUUUAUGGGAAUCUCACAUGUGUUUGGAUAGGAGAGAAAAGCAUGGUGGGGAUAUUCUGCAUACCCUCUCCCCUCCUCCCCCCACAGAGGUGCAUUGUUGUUAGUCUUUAUAGUCUAAGUGCUUAUAUAAACAUUUUACAAACACAUUUUCUACUCUGGUGUCCAUGUAAGAAAUCUGUUAAUUUUUCGGGUCUAUUUACCUUUUCAAAGAAGCACUUUGUCAAACUGUUAACAAAUGGUUUGACACUUACUUGGCUCUGUUGGAUGCCUGCACGGUUGCUUGUCUGAGCUGAUAUGAAAACCAGAAGUCCAUAGUUUUCUUAGCUCCAAGACAGAGAAGCUGUCACCAGAUUGUUAGAGACACGCGUACCUUCACCACUUCAUGGAAUGUUCUUGCACAAGAUUUCAUCUAGCCCCCUUUUAAUCUACAAUGUAUAAAAUAAAUAUACAGUUUAAAUAUAUUAUAAUACUGGUAUACCAAUCCUAAAAUUUAGUAUAUAUCAGUGUUUUGGUGGCAGGCAACAUACAGGUGUAUACUGUAUAGGAACUCAUAAUCGAUAUACCUGUUUUGGCGGGUGUUGUUUUUUUUUAGAAGUUGGUAUAUUUGAUAGUGAUAACAUUUACAUGAAAAGUCUAAGUAUCAUGACCACUACAAAAAGCUGGACUGCUCUGGCACCUCUCCAAUGUAAAUUGUCAAACUGUUUGCUAACAGAUUGACAACAUACCUGGGGUUCGCCAGUCAACCCCUCCAUUGAGAAACAGAAGCUCUCUGCUUGAAUCUAGCUCAGCAGUGCAGUUCAAUGACUGUGUGAAAAUUGUGGAAUUCCUGGAGGCCUGGUAUUUUCUAUAAGAUGUUAUGUAAAGUGUUACAGAGCACUAGGUAUUUGUUUUAAAAGUUGGAUAUAUAUAUAUAUAUAUUCCCCAACAAAGCCUUUUUGUUUUUUGCUAAGUUGGAUAUAUAUAUAUAUAUAUAUAUAUAUAUAUAUAUAUAUAUAUAUUUAUUUUUAUUUAUUUUUUUAGAUAUACAUAUAUCUCCAACUUGGCAAAAACAUAACCUUUUUGGUUUUUGCUAAGUUGAAUAUAUAUAUAUUAUAUAUCCAACUUAGCAAAAACCAGGUUAUUGUGAUUGAAAACCCCUUCCACCUGAAGUCUGUGGAUAGUUAAUACAAUGUUAAAUAAGAAUCUGAACAUCAGUCAAGCCAUAAGAAUUGCUUUUCCCACAGAAACUUACAAAUCUGCAUUGAUGUUACUACUGCAAAGGAUACUGGGUGGGCAUAUGCAAAUUAGUUUAACAAACAAUCACAUUUUUGCCUCAUUCCAUUUUAAACAUGGAUUCCUUUGAGUCUUUGUUUGCUGCAUACAACCGCUUUGAAACACAACUUAGGAAAAGAUGUAGUAACAUCAUUGCAGAUUUGUGAUUUCUGUGGGCAAAGCAAGUCUUAUGGCUUGACUGGUGUGCAGAUUCUUGUUUAACAUUGUAAUAUAUAUAUAUAUAUAUAUAUAGUUCACAUACUUUUUCUUGCAACUGUGUGUGUGUGUGUCUAUAUAUAUAUAUAUAUAUAUAUAUAUAGACACACACACACACACACACACACACACACACACACACACAGUUGCAAGAAAAAGUAUGUGAACCCUUUGGAAUGAUAUGGAUUUCUCCACAAAUUGGUCAUAAUAUGUGAUCUGAUCAUCAUCUAAGUCACAACAAUAGACAAUCACAGUCUGCUUAAACUAAUAACACAUAAAAAAUGAAAUUUUGCCAUGUUUUUAUUGAAACAGUCACAGUGCAGGUGGAAAAAGUAUGUGAACCCUUAGACUAAUGACAUCUCCAAGAGCUAAUUGAAGUGAGAUGUCAGCCAACUGGAGUCCAAUCAAUGCGAUGAGAUUGGAGGUGUUGGUUACAGCUACCCUGCCCUAUAAAAAACACACACCAGUUCUGGGUUUGCUUUUCACAAGAAGCACUGCCUGAUGUGAAUGAUGCCUCGCACAAAAGAGCUCUCAGAAGACCUACGAUUAAGAAUUGUUGACUUGUAUAAAGCUGGAAAGGGUUAUAAAAAGUAUCUCCAAAAGCCUUGCUGUUCAUCAGUCCAUGGUAAGACAAAUUGUCUAUAAAUGGAGAAAGUUCAGCACUGCUGCUACUCUCCCUAGGAGUGGCCAUCCUGUGAAGAUGACUGCAAGAGCACAGCGCAGACUGCUCAGUGAGGUGAAGAAGAAUCCUAGAGUGUCAGCUAAAGACUUACAAAAGUCACUGGCAAAUGCUAACAUCCCUGUUAGCAAAUGUACAAUAUGUAAAACUCUAAACAAGAAUGGAUUUAAUGGGAGGAUACCACGGAGGAAGGCACUGCUGUCCAAAAAACAUUGCUGCACGUUUACAGUUUGCACAAGAGCACCUGGAUGUUCCACAGCAGUACUGGCAAAAUAUUCUGUGGACAGAUGAAACCAAAGUUGAGUUGUUUGGAAGAAACACAAACACUGUGUGGCGAAAAAAAGGCACAGCACACCACACCAACAUCAAAACCUCAUCCCAACUGUGAAGUAUGGUGGUGGGGGCAUCAUGGUUUGGGGCUGCUUUGCUGCGUCAGGGUCUGGACGGAUUGCUAUCAUCGAUGGAAAAAUGAAUUCCCAAGUUUAUCAAGACAUUUUGCAGGAGAACUUAAGGCCAUCUGUCUAGCAGCUGAAGCUCAACAGAAGAUGGGUGUUGCAACAGGACAAUAACCCAAAGCAUAGAAGUAAAUCAACAACAGAAUGGCUUGAACAGAAGAAAAUACGCCUUUUGAAGUGGCCCAGUCAGAGUCGUGACCUCAACCCGAUUGAGAUGCUGUGGCAUGACCUCAAGAAAGCGAUUCACACCAGACAUCCCAAGAAUAUUGCUGAACUGAAACAGUUCUGUAAAGAGGAAUGGUCAAGAAUUACUCCUGACCGUUGUGCAUGUCUGAUCUGCAACUACAGGAAACGUUUGGUUGAAGUUAUUGCUGCCAAAGGAGGUUCAACCCUGUUAUUAAAUCCAAGGGUUCACAUACUUUUUCCACCUGCACUGUGAAUGUUUUCAUGGUGUGUUCAAUAAAAACAUGGCAACAUUUCAUUCUUUGUGUGUUGUUAGUUUAAACAGACUGUGAUUGUCUAUUGUUGUGACUUAGAUGAUGAUCAGAUCACAUUUUAUGACCAAUUUGUGCAGAAAUCCAUAUCAUUCCAAAGGGUUCACAUACAUUUUCUUGCAACUGUGUGUGUGUGUAUAUAUAUAUAUAUAUAUAUAUAUAAUCACACACACACACACAACAUAGUCACAAUUUGUUAAGCGUAUAGGUGAAUUUAUUAUUCAGUUUGACACUGAAUGCAGGAUUAAAAAAUAUUUAACCAUCAAAUAGUAGAAAAUAUUUUAAUUAAAAGGGAGGCAUGAAGCUUGAAUAAGGUGUACUGUUUCCAUGUCUAAUCAAAUGUGUCAUCUUUUCCAGGGUCGACAUCAGGGUAUAGAAGUGUCCCUAUAUCGAUCUAGUCAGGUUUGAAUAUUUUAUGAGAAAUCUGUAACAGAAGUGAUUUCUGCAUGAUACAUUUUAAAAUUUCAAUGUACAUUACUAAAUGAUAUGUUUUAAUUAACUACUAUAUUGGUAGUGAGGCACUCUAAAGGAUAAUAGAUCUCUUGUAUUGAAUUACCGUUGUACUGGUAUUAUAAUGGAAACCAUGUUUGUGACUUCUGGCUUUUAGAUUGGACACACAUUUCUUGCUUGGUUUGUAUCUAUGUUUCUUUUGAAACCUGUAGAUGAUGAUGUUUUUUUAUCUUUGUGGGUUGUUCAAAGGUAGUUUGUUUUUGGUUUUUAAGGCCUGGAGAAUCACUACAAAUAAACUAUUUAGCCAUCCUUUGAAUCAACUUCAGCAAGAUAGUUAAAGGACCACUAUAGUGCCAGGAAAACAUACUCUUUUUCCUGGCACUAUAGUGCCCUGAGGGUGCCCCCACCCUCAGGGUCCCCCUCCCGCCCGGCUCUGGAAAGGGGUUAAAACUUACCUUUUUCCAGUGCCGGGCGGGGAGCUCUCUGACUCCUCUCCUCCUCCGAUCCGCCCCGUCGGCUGAAUGCGCACGCGCAGCAAGAGCUGCGCGCGCAUUCAGCCGGUCACAUAGGAAAGCAUUCAUAAUGCUUUCCUAUGGACGCUGGCGUGCUCUCACUGUGAAAAUCACAGUGAGAAGCACGCAAGCGCCUCUAGCGGCUGUCAAUGAGACAGCCUCUAGAGGAAAUAGGGGAAAGCUUAACCCAUUCAUAAACAUAGCAGUUUCUCAUAAACUGCUUUGUUAAUGAAAAAAUGGGUUAACCCUAGCUGGACCUGGCACCCAGACCACUUCAUUAAGCUGAAGUGGUCUGGGUGCCUAGAGUGGUCCUUUAAGGGAAAGGCUGAACCUGAUGGACUUGAGUCUGUAACUGUAGUUUGUUUAGUUGAAAAUAUUUUUGAAUGUAGGAUACAUUGGUUGUGUUUGAAUGUGUUUUAUUUGUUUAAAACAAAACUGGACAGAUUAAAGGAUCACUAUAGGGUCAGGAACACAAACAUGUAUUCCUGACCCUAUAGUGUUAAAACUACCAUCUAGCCCCCCUUGGCCCCUCAUGCCUCCACAAAUAUAGUAGAAAUCUUACUGUAUUCAAGCCAGAAGCUGUAACUCUGCAUGCUGUUAGACUCAAAAAAGGAAGGAUCUCUAACAGCCAUCUGAGGAGUGGCCAGUGAAGUUAUCACUAGGCUGUAAUGUAAACACUGCAUUUUCUCUGAAAAGACAGUGUUUACAGCAAAAAGCCUGAAGGUAAUGGUUCUACUCACCAGAAAAAAUUCAAUAAGCUGUAGUUGUUCUGGUGACAAUAGUGUCCCUUUAAUUUAAAUGACUAAAAUCACUAUUGUUGGAUUGAUGUGUAAGGACUUGUUUUAGUACUGUAUUCUCGGCGAUUCUGGUGAUGUUUAGUUUAUGGACUUUAGCAUUGGCAGUUUAUAUUUUGUAUUUUUGACAUGCGUUAUGAACUCAAUAAAAAGUCACUGUCAAUAAUAUUGAUGUAAUGUACAAAAAUCAUAAGUGACUACAGGCAAUAAUGAUUGAGAAUGUAAACCUACUGUGCAUUUUACUAGAUCAUUUACCAGCUGCUUUAAACAAAUCAUUUUAUUUUCAUUCUUUAUAGAAAUAAUUGUGGAACUAUUUAUGUUGUGGCAUAUGUUAAUAUGUAUGCUACUUUGCCAUAGCCUUUAACUUGAAAAUAUUUUUUUUUUAUCCCUUCAUUCAAACUAAACUAAAUAGACAUGACCAUUACAACAUUAUUAUAUUAAGUUAUAUAUAUAUAUAUAUAUAUAUAUAUAUAUUUUGUCCAAAUCAAGACUUCUUUUUAUAUUAUGUUCGCUUGUGUGUAGUACAAGCAUGUCAAACUCAAAUUACCACGGGCCAAAUAAAAAAGGUUUAAGUUUAUGUGGGCCAAAAAAAAACGUACAUUUUUAUAGAAACGUAGGUUUGUUGUGAAAAGUCCCGUAUAUAAAUUUUUGUUUAAAAAAAACAGCAUCCCUGUCUUGUAAACCGCAGUUCUCCCCUCUAUACGAACUCCCAGUCCCCCCCGUCCCCCCCUCUAUACUAAAUCCCAGCCCCCCCCACACUCUACUUAACCCAGCUACUCCUUGAAACCCUGUGAAGGUGGAGCACGUUAACGUCACGUCGGAAUGUGACGUGGCGUUGCAUGCCUCCGUGCAUCUUAAGGUCCUCCACUGUCCAGCCGCGGCCAUUGCAACACUGUCCAACACAGACACACACUCACAAAUCAUUUUAUUUAUUGCUCCCUAUCUUUGGGAGCUGGUGUGGGGCCUCUCCCUGGGGUCCAGUGGGGAUCUUCGCUCAGGAGAUCUCCCUCCUGCUCCUCACUGCUCUCUCACGCACGCAGUUUAGUGAUGCAUGCACCUGGCAUCACUACAGAGGGUGCGUUUUGGAGCAGUAAGGGGCAGGAAGAACAAAUUGAGCUCCCUCGCUGCAGCCAGCAUCCUUUCCCCCCAGCCGGGUAGAUUUUAGCAGACUAGGCACCUGCAAUGUGGGGAGCACAGGUGCCUACUCUGCCUUAACAGUAAGCAUAUAAAACUCGCGGCUCGCCAGGCCGCAAGGCUUUUCAUUGUGGGCCACAUGCGCGAGCCGUGAGUUUGACAUGCUUGGUGUAGUACAUAGACUUUGUGUGUACCUGUCUCCUGUAGGUCCCCUUCUCCUUGCACAGAGUGACUUAUAACUGCAAAUAUUGAACAAAGAGAAUCACAAGUAUUUCCAGCCUAGGUUUCCACAAUUUACAUAAAAAUCCUGACUUUUUAAAUAAAUUUUUGUUGUUUAGCAAUAGACAUAUUCGUCACCUUGCAUUUUCCAGUGUCUAAUGAGGAAUGAGCUAUUUAUUUUCAUUCAUUCAAACACCAUAACAACUGCUAUGUAAGUGAAAUAUUGUUUGACUUUUUACCUGGAAUCUGCUGGGCGCCACUCCCUGUUUCUCUGCAGCUGGAAGCUCUCUGCUGAGCUAUACCCAGUGGGGUAGUUCAUUGAUUAAGAGUUCUUAGUUGACAUUUUCAGCUUAGCCCAUAAUUUAUGAACUGUUUCUUGUUAAAACAUAAGACAAAGUAGGGAUUACUUUGUUUUAUGUAGGAAACAAUAGGAGAAAGAUAAGUUUGAGGUGUCAGAGCCACUUUAAAGGUAACCCAUAGUUCCCGUUUUCUCUGUAAAAGUUAGGAUUAAUCUAUAUUACCUCCUUUCCAGCGCCGAGACUCCUCCACUGUAGCCUCCAGCUUCGGUUCUAUUGAUAUCAGCAUUUAAGCUAAAGUAACUCUUGAUCACAUUAAAACCAAUGAUUUUCUGGGAGAAGCAUUUGAUUGAAGAACCAAGUUUUACUACUCAAGAAGACAGCCACUAGAAGUAUCCCUUUUGUGUAGACAUUGCCUUUUUACAAAACUGCAAUGUUUUACAAUAAAGGGUUAAAACUGCACCCAGACAACUUCAUUGUGAUGAAGAGCUCUGGGUGACUUAAGCCUUGUAAAAUGAAGUGAUGUGUGGGACUUUAGUGGUCCUUUAAGGGUUACUCCAAACACCAUGACCACUUCAGUGAUUUGAAGUGGUCAUGGUGGUAGGAGUAUGUAUGUGCAGUAUUUUAGUUUGAAACACUGCACAUACUAAGUUAUUGGCUCUUGUGUGCUGGGGGCUAGUUACACCCCUGGCAUAUAUGACAUUAGCAGCCCAGAACUUUGUUCUGCCUAAUGUAAAUUCUGUGCAUAUUUUACGUCUGUCGUCAGCUUUGCCUGGCACUGGAUUAAGGUAAGUUAAAACAUUAUUUUUCUUGGCUUUAUUGGGGGAGUGCAAAUUAAUUAUUUUUUAAUCAGGGUUGGAGUAACCCUUUAAACACUUAUAUAUUGGUUAUGACAAGAAGCUUUGUCACUCUAUUCUACCAAUUUUACUAGCAGCAUUUUGCUAAAAUUGGUACAACUAAAUGCAUUACACACCCGUGUAUCAGUGGGAAGCUGUGCUGUCUUUUAUUCCUCCUCCUAUAUAGUAGCCACAUUGAAAUAAAAUAGUUCAAUGGGCCGGGCUAUGUCCACCAUAUUUAUGCAUACACACUACAUUCUUAAUGAAAAGAGUGUAAGGGCCAGGAUUGUCUGAGAAUCUUUCUUCCCCUCUCCCCCCCAUGUUUGUUGCAUCGUUCAUGCUCUAUUUCCUUAAUCCUUAAUGGGGAGAGAUUUCAGAAUGGAUUGGCUUUUUGCUUUUUAUUCUCAAUGCAUAUAAAAGGUAACACAAACAUAAACAAACACUUAACAAAGUAAAGAUAUACAAAACUAUUUUAAAAUAUUUAGAUUUAGAUGAGUAUUUUGUGUUUGUGUUUUAAUCGUUUUUUAAGAAACUCUCUAGGCUUCAUAACACCUCCACUUUAUUGAAGUGGUCAUCGUGCUGUGUUUAGAUUGUGUCUUUCCAACUAAACUGACUUUAAAGGAACUCUAUAGGGUCAGGAACACAACCAUGUAUUCCUGACCCUAUCGUGCAAAACCCACCAUUUAGGUGGCUUGCCCUGAGCCCCCUUAAAAGAAAUUAAAACUCCCCUCAUUUCCAGCGCUGGCUCCAACCCCUUGGUGACAUCAUCAAAAUAGCCGCUUUUUAGCCAAUCCAAUGCUUUCCCAUGGUGAAAGCAUUGGAUUGGAUAAAAUCUGCAAGUGGGCAGGGCCAAACACCAUUUUGGCCAAUCAGCACCUCCUCAGAGAGAUACAUUAAAUCAAUGCAUCUCCAUGAGGGAAAUUCAGCGUCCCCAUGCAGAGCGUGGAGUGACCACCUAGAGGUGUCCCCAGGGGCAAUAUAAACACUGCUUUUUUUUCUCUAAAUAAAAGCAGUGUUUGCAUACAAAUGCUUGCAUAUAAUGAUUACACUCACCAGAACAACUACAUUAAGCUGUAGUUAUUUUGGUGACUAUAGUGUCCAUUUAAAGCAGAGCUCGUAGGCCUAUCAACAAGCCCUGUCAGACACUUCCAAUGAGUUAGUAUGCCACCUCUGUUAUCGAGGCACAGGCAGGUGCUGCUCCUCAGCCACAGACUUUCCCCCUCUGCAUGAUGGUCUGUACUGGGAAUACAUAGCCAGCAUAAAUCAUCAUAGAGAUUGGGUAAUGCUUUCGACUGACUUAACUUUAUCAGAGCACUUAACCACUUCAAUAAGAUGAAGAGGUUAUUGUUUUAUAGAAGUGACACUUUGAAUGAAUUCGGCACUUAUUAAAGGGACACUACAGGUGUAAAUAGCUGUUUAGGUCCCCAACUCCCCUCCCCCUUUACCUCCGGUUAAAAAGAUUUACUCACCUUUUUCCUGUGCAACAAGGGGUCUGGUCACGACUGGAUCCACCCCUUGUCUAUGAUCAUCUACCUUGAUGAUCUCUGCCAAUCCAAUGCUUUCCCAUUGGAACAUAAUAUGAAGCACCUCUACUAGCUGUCUGAAUUAAUGCCUCUGGAAGUGUCCCUAGGAAGUAAUGUAAACACUACAUUUUCUCUGAAAAGGCAGUGUUCAAACUAAAAUGCUUGCAGGAACAUACAAUAUACACCAGAACAACUACAUUAAACUGCAGUUGUUCUGGUGACUAUAGUGUCACUUUAAAUGAACCUUGUAACACUUCCCCGGUGGUCAGUCAGGCAUCCAAUUCUGUUAUAUACUGGAAGUUUAGAUCUAUGGAGCUAUACUCAAAAGACUUUAAUGAUUGUUAAGUAUGUAAUUUAACAGCUACAGAAAGUCUGUGCUGGUGAAGAAUGGAAGAGCUUUGACUAGCUACAGAAACUAGAUCUGCAGCUAUUGCAAACCGAGAUAUCCCCCAAAGAAAAGAUUCAAAGCACGCUACAUGCAUAUAUUUUUGUGGGUAUGGAUACUAAAUUGUUAUUUAUAUACUUUAAUGUAGUGUUCACUUAAAUGCUACAAAACAUUUUGCAAAUGCAUUGAAAAUUAUUUGACUAUUAUUGGUUUGUGAAUGUCAGCCUUUACUAGCCAGCUUGAUGUAUAGAUUAAAAAAAACAAGUGUUUUAAUUCAAAUAAACUGGCAAGCUUUGUUGUUGAAGGAGGUGGGUUCUAGAUAGCCCUAACUGCAAUGUGCCCACUCACUACACUGAACUGAUGGGGGUCCGAUAAGCUUUCUCCUUUGAUGUUUGUGAGUAAGGGUUGGCCCUAUGGCUGCAGAAGUUACUUUUUUUUUUUUUCAAAUCACUGCAUUUGUGAGAUCCCAUGCUCUAGUAUUUUCUUCCUUUUACAAUCCUUCAUUCAAUAAUUUCCCAGAACACGAUUAUGUUUUAGGUGCUUCUGAUGGCUAGCGCAGCUGUCUGAAACUAAUUACGUUUUUAUACAGCUAACUUGGAAGACUGUGAUUGGAGUGCUGCACAUAGUUUGCAAAGCUUCUCAAUAUGGAUGUUAAUUCUGGAGAGGGCUUGAAGGAUCUGCAACUAUUGAAAGCCAAGAUUUUAUAUACCCCCAAAGAAAAUAAGUAAAAAGAAUUACAUCCAUUUUCUUUGGGGGUAUGUAUACUAACUUGUUUUUUUCCAAAAAAUAUUUGUGAGAAUCAGUGUCUUUAAAAAAAUAAUGGGUUCAAUUACGUGAUUGAAAAAGAGAACUUUUGGUUUCAAUCAUCAAAAUUGGCAAUUUAAGCCAAUCCAGUGGUUUCCUAUAUAAAAGCACUGGGAGGCUAUUGCGCAUGCGCAACAAAAUACAGAACUGUGCCAUUCAGCAUCUCCUGGUAGAGAUGCAUUAAAUCAAUGCAGUUCUAUGAGGAAUGAGUGAUGGCCACUAGAGGUGUUACUAGGCAACAAAAUAAACACUGCUUUUUAACUGAAAAAGGAGUGUAUACAUUAAAGUGCCUGCAGGGAUAGACUAUACACACCAGAACAACUACAUUAAACUGUAGUUCAGUUUAAGGGAAUUUCUAGAUUUAAAAAGUAUAUAUGUUUGUAGUGGACGAGGUUGUUAAAAUAUAAAAUGAGCAUUUAUAGGUUUUUUUCAAAAUUAUUUUCUCCAGUUCGUCUUACUCUUCUUGUACCUCUCCGCAUGUGUGACAGCUAAGCUAAUUUAUUAUUUGACUCUAAUCUUCUUUUAUCAAAAUGUUACUUUACAGUAGUAGCUUAUGCAUUGAAAACAGGACAUUUUUACUUCCACAAUUUUCUUUUAAUGGAAUAAACUUUAUUUCACAGAAUACUAAAAAUUAUAUUGUAGAUGCGAUGUUUUAUUAACAUUACUGGCUUAGAAAAUGCCAUGAUUCUUUUCUCUCUCUUUUAUUUUUUUUACUGGUUAUUUAAAGCUAAUCAGUAAGUAAGAAAAAACAUAAUAUAUGGUUAUUCUCUGAGCUCUGAACUUUCAGGGUUAACAAAGGAAUUUCAAAUUUUAGACCGAACUAGGUAAAUUGGAAAAAAUCACCUACUGAUCUUCUGGGUUACCAUUUCAGUAAAAUAUAUUAUCUCUAACAAAUGACAAUUCAGUGAUUUACCCUGCAUAAUGAAAACCUGUUCACUCUUUUGUAAUUCAAUAUAUAGAUAAUGCAUUUAAAGUGAUGCAAACAGGAUUCCCUUUUUCAAAGAUCCUAAAAUUGCUCAGCUGAUAGAGGUUGUUUGCAGCUUCAGGCAGACAGUCUCCCUUCAAAGAGGACCCAUGAAUCGGGGACCUCUAAUUCUGGGAUAAGGUGUCUAAUUUUAUGGAAUAAGUGUCUAAUUUUACGGAAUAAGUAGUUUAUCCCCCAACAUUAGUUAGGGAAUGCACUGCUUGGGAUAUGACACCAGGUUACUGUAGGCAACAUCAUCAUUCUUAAUUCUGCACUAUUUGGCUGUUUAUUUUAUUAAAUUCAGGUGUUAGGGGAUUCAUCUCUGCCUCUGCAGAUUACAUUACGAAUGCUCAUGUACACGCUUUCAGCUACUUGUCUUUUAUUUCCUGACUUGUAGCAUUUUGAGGGGAAAGUACUCCUGUCUGAAAAUCCCUUUCUUGCUACAGUUUUCUCACAAACAUAUGUAUCCCAUGAACCUGUAGUUUGACUGUCAGAUUUAAAUUAAAUAUGCACUGGUUGUAGCUGACUUAUGGAAAAACCAAACUUAAAGAAUCACUAUAGUGUCAGGAAAACAAAUCGGUUUUCCUGACAUUAUAGUACCCUGAGGGUUACUCACCUUCUUCCACCGCCGGGCUCCCUUACCUCUCCUCCCCGCCAACGUCAGGUCCCCGUCUGACGCCAGCGGAAUGCGCAUGCGCGGCAGUGCCGCGGGCGCAUUCAAAGUGUCCAAAGGAAAGCAUUUCUCAAUGCUUUCCUAUGGAUGCUCUGCGCAAUGGAGGCAUUAAAUGCCUCCAGUGUCGCAGAUGCGCCUCUAGUGGCUGUCCGGAAGACAGCCACUAGAGGCUGACUUAACCCCAAAUGUAAACAUAGCAGUUUCUCUGAAACUACUAUGUUUACAUCAGCCAGGGUUAACCCUAGAGGGACCUGGCACCCAGACCACUUCAUUGAGCUGAAGUGGUCUGGGUGACUAUAGUAUCCCUUUAAGUCAGUAACAGUCUGGAGGCGACUUCCAUUAACUUGUAGAGUUGCUUCCAGGGAAAUAGUUAUGAGCUCAAAUUAAGGUAGGUAUAGAAACAGAUUGCAGGUCAUAUGUUCAUUUACUUGACCCUACCACUAUUAUCCAUUAAGACUUUUACCUAAAGCAUAGGAAAUUAUCUUUUUUGACGUAAGGACACUAAAGAUGUGGAAUUAUCUGCCUAAAGCAGGAGUCUCAAAGCCAAUUUACCUGGUGGUCACUAGCCACAUAUCCGUACACAAUCAAAAUUCCCAUACACAUAGAAACACACAUGGUUACACACAAAUACCCAUAGCUACACUCUACCAUACAUUUAGACAUAGAAGUACAAAUUCCCAUAUAUACACACACAAUAUUCUCUCUCCCCAGUGCCUCACAAUAGAUUCUGCUUCUGUGCAUUAUGUGCACCAGCCAACCUCAUUACUGGAGUUGUGGUAUGGGACUGUCAAAGGCAAGCACUUUACUAAUAAUGCUGGCCGAACAACAAAGCACAGACAAACAUUGUUCUCCAGCUAGUCAGUCACUUCAGUUCUAUUUCAUUCACACCAACUGGUAACUGUAUAGUUACAUUAGGAGGGCAGUAUGUAAAACCCACAGUAUUGUAAACUCAGAGUUCUUUUGCUGUAUGAGACUGUAAACAUACCUCUUCAGGGUCUAGGGUAUAUUCAGUUUUUAAACAGUUAAAGCGGCACGGUCACCAUCUGGGGACUUUGCAUAUUACGCAAAGACCCCUGUUGUAGACAUCUCUGCUGGUAGUUCGGUGGCUGGGAGGAGCAGGCAAAGGUGAGUUUAACUUACCUGAACCUGUCCAUCACAGGCACCAGGGGCUGAUGUCACUUCAGUACUCUCGUGCAUGCAUGAGAGUACAGCCUUGAGGUCUAUGUAGAGUCCCAAGAGGGUCCGACUUGUGGUAGCUCCAUGUCAGGCGUUUUUGCCUUUUAUUUUGGAAAUAAAUACGUUUUUGUUAUUGCUUUUCUUUGUUUUGGGCUGCCAAACAGCUGGAAUAAUCGUUUUGGGCAACUUUUGUGUGUGGUGCCAACACACAUUGAGUGCACACAGUAUUCUAACUUUAGACACAGUGGGCAAGCUGCAGUUUUUCCCUGUUGCUCUCAGCCAGUAGUUGUUCAGAGUGCAAACAGUGGCAAGGGAAGGCAAUUUCUUGCAUUGCAGUGUAAAUCAUACUCAAUGAAGUUUUGGCUGAAGCUAGUUUUGAGUAAAAAUAUACAUUAAAGAGGACACUAUAGCCACCAAAACAACUUUGGCUUAAUGAAGUAGUUUUGGUGUAUAGAUCAUGCUCCUGCAGUCUUACUGCUCAAUUCUCUGCCAUUUGGGAGUAAAAUCAAUUUUGUCUCUAUUUCUGCAGCCUUAGCCACACCUUCCCUGGCUGUGACAGACACUUUCAAUUUCAAAUGUUGUUUUAUUUAUUUAAAGAUUCUUUAUUUAUAAGUUGUUGUUGUUGGUUUUUUUUUUUGUUUUUUUUUUAAAUAACAGAGAGAUACAAGAGUACAAAAGUACAGAAAUUCAAUUCAAAACACAAUAUUUGCAGUAUAGUCUGGUACCAACGCUGAGUGCUACAUUGGUGUCUCAAAAUGUUACAGUAAUGGCAGGUAUACUCUAGACAGGAUCUAAGGGUCUUUUUGAAUUCUUCCAUGGAGUAAUAUACCAUUAGAAUAGCAUUUUUAUACGCUUGUUCCAAAUUGUGAUUGAGUUUGAGUCCCAGAUGUCAGACCAGUCAGUGGGGUAUAUGUUAACUUCCUUUUAACGUUUUUAUCUCCUGCUCUGUAAAUUUAACUUUAAUUACAUACGGUAUGCUCCCACAGAGCCUAACAAUAUAUUAACAGAGCUGGAGAUUAUUAAAUUAAGUAAACAGCAUUUGUAAUCAAAGAAGUGUGAACAUUAGAUAACUUCUUUACAGGAAGUGUUUAGGAAGUCUGUGCAAGUCACAUGCAGGGAGGUAUGACUAGAGCUGCAUAAAUUAUUAUAAAAUUAUUCAACCCCUUAAAACCGGAGGGCGUACUAUUACGCCCUAUUCUAAGCGGCUCUAAACGCUGCAGGGCGUAAUAGUACGCCCUCCUGUUUUUUGUUACUUACCCGGUUGGGGAGACUCACCUGGGAUCCCAAGGAGUCCCCCACGGCAGAUCCUGUCUCCGCUGGUCCCCUAACCCCCCCACCCCCCCAGCCAUGUGAGAGUGAGGACCUCACAAUCACAUGGCCGGGUUAGCUGGCUGCUGCAUUGCCUGUAAUGACCGUUAGUCCCCCUGCUGGCUGAAAAAAUUAUAUACUUCGAUAUUAUAUAUAUAUAUAUAUAUAUAUAUAUUCAAAUUACACGUAGACUGAUAAUGAUUAAAUAUAUAUAAUAUAAAAAAAUUUAAAUACGUUUAAAAAUAAAAUUUAAAAAAUAUAUAGAUGUGUGUUAUUUCGUUCUAACUGUAUUGUGAUAUUAAUAUAUAUUUAUAUCAAAAUACACGUGGAACGAAAUAAUAUAUAUCUAUAUACAUAAAUAUAUACGUGUAUAUAUACCUAUAUAUAAAUAAAAAUAUUUUUACAAAAUUUUAUAUAUAUAUAUAUACAUACAUACACACACACACAUACGUGUAUAUAUAUGGGCAGUGCUUGCACACUCAGUGUCUCCACACUCUGCAUGUAAACACUGAACUUUCAUCAUAGAGAUGCUCUUUGACCAGGGCUAUGUUUGACUUCUGCUGGCUCUGCCCCUGAUCUGCCUCUUUGACCUUCUAAUCCAAUCCAAUGCUUUCCUUUGUGAUUAGCUGAGACAAUCACUUCUGAUGAUGUUGGCCAAGCCGGCACACCAGUAGCAGCAGACUGGAAUAAAUAAUAAUUUACUAUAUUUAAGGGGGGAAGAGGGAGGCAGGGGGGCUAGGUGGUGGUUUUAACACAAUGCUGUCAGGAAUCCUUAUGGUGUUCCUUUAACACCUAAAUGGCAGAAAAUUGAACAGCGAGACUGCAGGGGCAUGCUGUAUACACCAAAACUGCUUAAUUAUGCUAAAGUUGUUUUGAUGGUUAUAGUGUCCUUUUAACCCCUUAAGUACACAUGACGUGUGACAUGUCAUGAUUCCCUUUUAUUCCAGAAGUUUGGUCCUUAAGGGGUUAAUGUAAUGGCAAGGUGAGGCAACCACUUGCUAACCAGCUUAUGUGGAAUACAACUUUUCCUCCUCCAGCAGUUGGUUAACUGUGAUAAGAUUUUUAGUCUACAAUAGACUAAAAUACAAUUUUUUUUAUAGAAAUCACUAUUUUUAUUUAAAGAAAAUAAACUAAUACUGCCCUAUAGUAUGUCUUUCGAUUUUGUCCUUAUUACUUAUUAAACCCAUCCAUCUGUAUGAAAAGCUUUGAUCAGGCAAUCUGACUGUAGUAUUUUUCAAUGACAUGAAUGUGCUUGGACAGUGCCCAGCAGUAACAAUGAACUAAGUGCUGGUUAAAAGGGUUGUGGAUCUUUAGAUGCCAGUUCUGUGUGCAUGUACAAAUAAAAAAAUGUGUUUGCACAUACUAUAAAACAUUUGUUUGUCUUAUGUAAGAUAUAGUCACCGAAAGUGCUUCUUCUUAUAAACUGAAGGUGGACUAUAUUGAACCUGGCAAUUAACAGAGGCAAAAUAUGAGGCAUAGACCAGUUUUCAUUUUUUUUGAUUAAGAACCAGGCCCGGACUGGCCGUCGGGCACACCGGGCAAAUGCGUGUCCGAGCGCCGACCCUGCGGUAUUCCAUGAUGGGCCGGUGGGGAGAUCAGAGAUCUCCCUCACUGGCCCACUUGCACAGGCAUGCUGCUGGGGAGGGAGAGGAGGACCCGGUGGAGCUCUAUCUUGCAGCUCCAUCGGGUUCCUUUUGCGAGAUCUGGAGCGUUGCCAUGGCACCACCAGAGAUGGCAGCAUCACCCCCCCCCCUCCCCCAGGCUAAAGGUAAGAAAGGAGGGGAGGGAUAUAAUGCCUUACACAUAUUACCCUCACACACACACACACAUUUCAACCCUCACACUCACAGCAUCCAUCACACACUGCACCCCUCACAUACACACUACACCCUUCACACACACCCACUGCACCCCUUACACAUACACACAGAAGCCCCCCAACACACUGUACCACACACGCACAAUACUUUCAAACAUAUAUAUAUAUGUACACAUACACACACUACAGCACCCCUCACACACAUACUGCAUCUCCUAUACACACUCAAGCCCCUAGCCACACAUGCAUUACAUUACACCACAAACACAACUAAAACCGACCUUAUUACACAAUACCACACCACAAUCAGUUCACUUUACACACACGCAAUCCCACAAGCAGGAUCCAAACUCAUGCACAAUACUCUUUCCUGGCCCUUUUUGUUUAUGGAGAUUCCAGAGACAAGUUGCACGUAAACACAGCGCAAACAUGUUAUUAAAUUUGCUUGCACUGUGCAGAACAAAGCAGGGCCUUUUUCUCAUUAUAGAGCUCUUCAGCAGAGCUCUGCGCAUGGUCUGCCCUGGAAGAGCUUUGAACCAACAUGCUCACUUUGAGAGGGGGUAUGCAUGUCAUUGGUGAUGACAAAACACACCCUUUCUGCCCUGCCCCCUUCUUAGUGGGCCGCUGUGAUAAAUGCCCGGGUCGAUUUAAAUUUUAUUUAUUUUUUUCCAGUCCAGCUCUGUUAAGCGCUAUACAUGAAUUAAACUUUUAAUGUGAAAUAUACAUUGUGGAGCCUGUCAUUCUAAAAUAUCUGGAGAAUUACCUUUCAUGAACCCCCAGUGCAGAAGUAAUCUCUCUUCUAUAUCUAUUUGUUUGUAUUUCUAAUCAUUAUUUUCUAAAUUACCUUAAAUCAGUGUUUCCCAAUCAAGUCCUCAAGACCCACCAACGUUCCAGGUUUUGUCAGUAUUUAAAGGAGCACUAUAGGGUCAGGAACACAAACUCUAUAGGGUUAAAACUACCAUCUAGCCACCCUGGCCCCCCCAUGUCUCCCUAAAUGUAGUUAAAUCUUACUUGUAUUCAAGUCUGCAGCUGCUUACUUUGUCCCUGUUUCAUUUAGACCUGCCUGUUGACAUCAGCAGAAAUGAUAGCCUUAUCCAAUCACAAUCCCCAUAGGAUUGGCUGAGACUGACUCAGAGGCAGAGCCAGCACAAAACGUCUGUGGCUUAUUUAUAUGACUUUGAACGUUAAAACUAUGCUUCCAACUGUGUCUCUAGGAACAGUCCAUGCCUUCGCUAUCUUUUUCUUGUGUUCCUUGUUUGUGAAGGGAGAUAUCUUCUCUUAACUUUGUGGCCCAUUCUUUUGACUUUGCCAUAUUUCUAAUUUGCAGUCAGAUAUGACAGUCAACAAACCUCUUGCUAGUUCAGGUAUUCAAAGUGUUCUAGCUCAAGCACACCUGUUGCAACUAACGAAGCCCCUUAUGAGUUGCAUCAGGUGUGCUUUAGACAUGUUUUUUGCAUAUUUGUGCUUUUGUGAGGGAUUCACUAUUCAGGGGGUUGAAUAAUUUUGAGACUGGAGGUCAUUAUAAGUUGCAUUUUUGGUUGAAUUUGUGGAAACACCUUGGAACAUUCGUGGUGUUGAGCUAUUUCAAAUGCUUUUGUUUGAUUUUGCUCAUUGCAAAGAGCUGAAAGUCUGUACAUUUUGAUAAUAAACCUGAUUUUCAAUUGGGGUUGAAUAAUUAUGAUUACAACUGUAUAUAUACACACAUAUGUCUGUAUGAUAAGUUGUUUGUUUCUGUAAAUAUACUUUUUUUUUUUUUUUUGAUUACACCUCAAUUCAUGGAGGCACAUCAGAUUUUGAUGCCCUUUAGAUUAGUCAUAAUGAAAGCUUAAGUUUCAGCCUUCUUUACCACUGUGGUCAGCCAGUUAGCAAUACCUGCUGUGUAUAGCUUUGUGGUUCCUAUACAGUGUUCAUUUUGUCAACUGACAAUUGUAGUAAAAGUUUAGUCGAUUUAACAUUUUUGAGAUUUAGUCGACUAAAAUUAAAACAAUUCAGAUGACUAAAAUAUGACUAAAACUAAAAUGGCUUUUUAGUCAAAAGCCCAUGACUAAAACUAAAUUGAAACUUGCCGCCAAAAUUACCGCUGUACAGAGGGCCUGUGGAAGGGGCAAAAGAGACAGACCAGUGCUUGGAAGAGAGAGACCUAGAAUGGCUGAGAGAACACAAAGAGACACAGAGGGAAUGGGGAAGGGGCAAAAGAGCCAGAGGUUUUAAAGGAUCACUAUAGGGUCAGGAACACAAACAUGUAUUCCUGACCCUAUAGUGUUAAAACCACCAUCUAGCCCCCUUGCCUCCAUAAAUAUAGCAAAAUCUUACUAUAUUCAAGCCUGAAGCAGUAGAUCUGCAUGCUGUUUGCCUCAGAAAAAACAAGCAGUCUGCUGAUAUCAGAAGUGGCAGCCUGAUCCAAUCACAGUGCUUCACCAUAGGAUUGGCUAAGACUGACAAAGAAGCAGAUCAGGGGCAGAGCCAGCAUGAUUCAAACACAGCCCUGGCCAUUCAGCAUCUCCUCAUAGAGUGAAUCUCUAUGAGGAAAGUUCAGUGUCUGCAUGCAGAGGGAGGAGAUACUGAAUGUCGGGAUGCAUUUUAGGCAGCCAUGACCCAGGAAGGAUCUCUAACAGCCAUCUGAGGAGUGGCCAGUGAAGUUAUCACUAGGCUGUAAUGUAAACACUGCAUUUUCUCUGAAAAGACAGUGUUUACAGCAAAAAACCUGAAGGUAAUGAUUCUACUCACCAUAACAAAUUCAAUAAGCUGUAGUUGUUCUGGUGACUAUAGUGUCCCUUUAACUAAACCCAUUAUAUUUUAGUCCUGUCAACUAAAAUCUACUGGAGGUUUAGUCGACUAAAACUAAAAUGGCUUUUUAGUCAAAAGAUUAUAAUAUUUUUGCUGUGACAAAGCAGUGCUCUUUUCUUCUAAAAAGCGUUACUGCAGUUUCAAUCAUGCAGAAAUUUUUGUUUUCUCCUUGUACUAGUCCACAGAAUAGCAAGAAAACCUUCCUCUACACUUUUGAGUUGUUACAUGUCAUCAAGCUUUAACCUGAAGCUUCCAAGACCUUUUGAAUAUCUAAAACCAUUAUGUAUAUGUUCUUAAGGAUAACUAAUUUUCACCAGACGACUUCCCAUUUGUUCUUAGAUGUUGACAUAUUUGGGUAAACACUUGUAGGCACUACACUGUGUGAUGUCCAUGUCAUGGUAAUACAGAGCUUAUUCUGUUUUACCAUUUUAACUUUAAUGCUUAUCUUUCCAAUGGGAAAACAUUGUGAUUGGCUGAGAUCACCACUUUUGAUGAUGUCAGCAAAGGAGGCAGGUCAGGGGCAGAGCCCCUAUAUCAGUCUGGAAUAAAGGUAAGUGUUCCAGUGUUCCUGGUCCUUUAGUAUUCCAUUAAUUUAUUUUGCUUAGGCACACUUACUCAAGCAUCAUAAUCCUCCUCCAUGACACCCAACAUGCUUGCUUCAUUGCAGAUGUUUUUGCAUCUUAACAGAGUGACAUGCACUGUGUUGAAGUUCAGCAGGACUGCCUAUUGGAGGGUUCUUGUGCUUUCCAGCCAUUUCUUUGGCAUAGCAGUCUAUAAAAAAAAUCUAUGCAGAUUUACUGAUUGAAAAUGGAGGGGCCUAUUUUUAACGGUUUUCUUCCUAUCUAUAUACUAGCAAUGAAUAAGAUUCCACAGGUAUAAUCCCUCCUGGAUUGUUGCGCUUGGGUAAAAGAUUAAAAGGUAUUUGAUUUGUUCAUGCCGCCUGAAAUGCAUUUGUGCACAUGUCUACUAACAACUCUUUGCAGUGUAGAGAUUAAAUGAUUUUUACUAUUAAAUAAACGUAUCCAUACUGUGACGGGUACUUAUGUAAGGUUACAUAUUAAUAUUGUUUGUCUUUGGACAGCUGACAUUGUAUAAAUACUUUACGCUGAUCUGCAUUUGAUUUUACUUCUAAACUUUUUACUACGAUAUGUAUUUAUUAAGCUUAUCUCCAUUGUUUCCCACAGUUAUACUCGCUAAAUGAUUAUAAGCCACCUAUUUCCAAAGCUAAAAUGACACAGAUCACAAAGUCUGCAAUCAAAGCUUUAAAGGUAUGUAAUUUUGUCUUUAUUUGUUUAGUCAUAACCUUUUAAAAACCAAGGCAGUUUUGUCAUAACAAUAAUUAUAUAAUGAACUAAACAGAUUGGAAACGGACUAUACCUUGUGUUGAUAUUAUAUAAAAGUAUACUAAGAUGGAAAGUUUUAGUUCACCAUACAUAGUUUGACAUACUUGACAUACAAAUUAAAGGAACACUAUAUGUCAGAAUUACAAACAUCUAUUCCUGACACUAUAAUGCUGGUGUGGCUGUUUAGGUUGGAGACCCCGCUCCAAUCUCCCCCAAAAAAGGUGAAUUUAUUUACCUUUACGCACAUGCCAUGGUUAUCUUGCCAUGGCUGGGAUCAUCAUUUUGAUGAUUUGAGCCAAUCAAAUGCUUCCCCAUUGGGGAGGCUAUUGUGCAUGCGUGGCAACCACUGCACUGCGCCAAUCCGCAUCUCCUCAUAGAGAUGCACUGAAUCUAUGCAUCUCUACAGGGAUCAUUAAGCGCCUUCUUGCAGAGUGUGAAAACGCUGAACGCCACUGCUCGCACUGUGUAGCAACGACGCAGGAAGUACCUUUAGUUGUCUGAGUGACUAGGCACAAAUGUAAAUGCUGCCUUAUCUCUGAAAAGGCAGCAUUUACAUUGAACAGUCUGCAGAGACAGGCUAUAGACACCAGAACCAACACAUUAAGCUGUAGUUGUUCUGGUGACUAUAGUGUCCCAUUAAUGGAGGAGGAAAAACAUUAUGUCCUUAAGCUAGGGAAUUGCUCCAUAUUUUAAAUUCAUUACUAUAAUGAAAAAAAUGAUUGAGUCAGCAAGUACAACAGGAUACUGGUAACCAAAAUUGAACUGCAUAGUUAAAGGAACACUACAUGUAUUCAUGACCCUAUAGUGUUAAAAUCACCAUCAGUCUCAGAAGUAGUGUUCUGAGACAAUCACAAAACUUACCCAUAGAAUUGGCUGAGACUGUCAUGGAGGCAGAUCAGGGGCAGAGCGGCGGAGCAGCACUGCCCAAGGAAGCAGCUUUAGCAACCAUCUAAGGAGUGAUCGGUGAAGUUAUCACUAGGCUGUAAUGUAAACACUGCACUUUCUCUGAAAAGACAGUGUUUUCUGCAAAAAGCCUGAAGAGAAUGAUUGUACUCACCAGAACAAAUUCAAUAAGCUGUUGUUCUGGUGACUAUAGUGUCCCUUUAUAGUGUGUUCUGAAAAUGUAAGAUACAGUAAAUUGCAUUAGCUCCGGAUGCAGCGUGUCUUGAGAUUCUGUCUCUGAGAUAAAAUCUUUUAAGUUUUUAUCUUGACAAUAAUAAAUGUACUGUUAAAGGUUAUUCUAAAAUAUGCUAUAUUUUUUUUAAAUUUAAAAUUUUUGUUACCCGUGGUGCUAGUAGAAAUUGUACGAUAAAUAUGGGGGAAAUAAAAGAAAUGGUGCCUAAUAAAACAAAGACCAUUAUUAAGUAUUCUGGGCACAGUUUAAUUUACUGUCAAGCAAGCAUAAAAGGUAUUCAACAGUUUUUGAAGAGAUUUCAAAAGCCUAUAAAAACGAAGAACAGAUUUCUGUACAUCAAAAUACCUUAUCUUUUAGAAAUUAUUAUCAUGAACAGCAAUUUUUAUUUAUUUCAUAUUUCUGUUCAUCCUUUACUGAUUUUUCUUUGAAGUUCCAAAGAUCUUAAAUAAGUCCUCAGCCAAAUACAUGUUGAACAGCUAAUGCAAUUCACACUGCUAAUUAAUGAUCGGAUUGCCUGUAGUUUACAUGUUUUGCAUUAUGCCAAUCAAAUGUACAUAAUGAGAUACUUGAUUUUAACAGUACAGCAUAUUUAAAUAAGAGACCUAAAUGGCCUUGAAAUCUUAUACUCUAAUUAUGUUGCAUUUCUUUCUAUGUCUUUGUUUUUAAUUAUAAUAAAAUGGAAGUUUGAUAAUAUAUAUUUUUAGGCUAAAUGGAGCAUUAUAAGCACCAUAGCUACUGCUGCAUGCUGUUGUAGUUACGCUGUUGUGGUUAUGGUGCCAGAAAAUCAUUGUGAGACCCCACUGUUAAGAUACAUACUGCUUUUAAAUGGGUUAACACAUACUGGGGUGCUCAGCCCCUGUUCACAGAUAUUGCUGAAGUGGGAGUUCUCCUUCCAUGUGAAUGAUAUAAAUUUUGUCUGUUUGGAUGUAUUCCAUUGGCAAAGUGAUAUUUGUGAGAGAGGCCAGACUUCGAGGGCCUGCAUAAACCACACAAGUGUCACACCAUUAGAAUAUGAUUAAACUAUUAACAGUGGGACAGUGUCACAGUCACCUAGCACCAUGCUUACUAAAGCAUGCUGUGGAUGUAGAAGUGUUUCAUCCAUCUAUGAGUUGUAUUACAUUUUUUUUAAGUAUUUUUACUUUCCAAAAAGAAACAUCAUUGGGGGAUAAAUCUCCUAAAAUGUGUUUUUAUAUUUUUUCUUUCCAACUCUAGUCUGUUACUUAGCUCAGAGGUUUUUAAUCUAUAGGGCCAAAUAAUGUUGGUUUUAAAAUUUACAUUUUUUUCCUUUUAUUACAGUCUACAGCUGUGCUUCUAAAGCUUCUUAGCUUUGUGACUCAUUCUUCAAUUUUAAAAUUACCUCAAUCAACUAUUCAACUUUUAUGUAAUUUAUGUAUUUAAAAGUUAUUUCUGGAAACAGCCUUCAUUAUCCUCUUCCCAACCCAAGGGGGUCUCCAUUACACUUAAAGGGUUACUCCAAGCAGCAUGACCACUACAGUGAUUUGUAGGCUGUAGUGGUUAUGAUGAUGGGCGUAACUAAGAAGGCCGCGCUGAUACAGAAACUAAUUUAUUGUUGAUAGUUGCCUCAUAAAUAUGUGCCUCUUCAACUAUUGAAACUGACAUAUACCACUGAAUUAGCAUAGGGACCCAAUUUAUUUAUUUUGUAACCAUUGUCAUUGGUUUUUAAGUCUGUUCACACUAGGGAUCGACCGAUAUUGAUUUUUUUUUUUUUUUUAGAGCAGAUACCGAUAAUUUGUGAACUUCCAGGCCGAUAGCCGAUAACUUACUGAUAUUCUGUGCAUUUACCAUUUUGAAAAAAUAAACUAUUUCUAAAGGUAAAUGCACAAAAUAUACAUGCCACAUGUAGUGGAUGCAGUGUGUUUAGAGAUGGGAGCUGUUUGUGUAGUGUGUGUGUGUAUAUAAUGACUGCAGAGUGUGUUUUUGUGUAGUCUGUGUGUGUGUAUAUAAUGAAUGGAGAGUGUGUGUGUCUGUAUAGUGGAUGCAGUGUGUGUGUUUUUGUGUAGUGUGUAUAGUGGAUGCAGUGUGUUUGUGUAGUGUGUAUAGUGAAUGUAGUGUGUGUAUAUAAUGCACUGUGUGUGUGUUUCUGUAGGUAUGUAAUUGGGGGGGAAGAGGGUGAAAUUUUUUAUAUAUAUAUAUAUUUAAAAAAAAUUAUUUUAGUCUCCCCCUCCCUGCUUGUUACCUGGCCAAGGAGGGGGGAUAUAGCAUUCCCUGGUGGUCCAGUGGCAUAGACUGUGCAGUGGGGGGCCCAGCAGGCUCUUACUUACCUUCCCAGCAGCUGCCUUCAGCUCCCCUUUCUAAAUCUCGCGGUGUGUGUGCCGCACGGAGCAUUGCCAUAGUAACCCGUGGCAACGCUCUGAUGGCCACGGGACUCGCAAGAUUUAGACAGGGGAGCUACCUGGAACUUAAGUAAGAGCUUGCUGCGGGCCCUCCAGGGCCGCCGGACUUGUCAUGUCCUGUUAUGUAUUAUCGGCAAUUUCAGUAUCUCUAUAGGUCGAUACCGAUAUUGCUGAAAAUACCGUAUAUCGGCCAGACCGAUAAUCUGUCGAUCCCUAGUUCACACCCAUAUCAAGUACAAAAACUAGACUGAGAAGGAGCAUAGGCCAGGUCCCAGUUUGUAGCCAUCCCACUUUUUGCUUCUAACAGCUAUGGAUUGUUGACCAAUUGUUGCAUUAGUGCCAUUGCUGCCUUUUAAAAAGACAGCACUAAAAGUGGUUUUUUUGGGGUUUUUUUUUUGCAUUUUACUAAAUCUUUAGAUUUCAAUAGAAAUGUGCACUUUAAUACAUGAAUGGUUAUUACACACCCUAGAUGUUAACCAUACAUUUAGGUCCUGUUACUUCCUAGUAGUUCAGUGGAUCUAUACUGAGGUCCAUCUCCUGCGCCGAAUCGAAAAGCCCUAUAAUUGUUUGAACAGCCACAGAAAGUCAGGGCUGGGGAAGAAGGGGAGGGUGUGCAAAUGUUGCAGACGAGAUCUGCAGCUUUUGCAAGCUAUUUUUAGAAACACUCCCAAUGAAAAAUGCUUAGUCAAAUUAAUGCAUGUUUUCAUUAGCACUAUAUCUGCUAAAUAGUGUUGUUGUUUUUGUAUUCUUUUGUAUUUUAGUUCCUUGAAUGGAACACAGAGAAAUGUGUUUUCACAUCUUACAAUGUUUAGAAAUGGAUUUAUGAUAUCUAGAGUGAUUUUUCUUUUUACAGACUCACCACAGCAUAGCAAAAUUUAAAAGAAUAAUAAUUCCAAAAAAAAAAUACCUAUAAUCUUACACUUAUUAACGGCAGUUAAAUUAUUGAUUGCCAGGAGUUGGAAAACUACUAAUACGCAAACAAUAGAAACUUUUUGAACAAUUUAUCUGGCAAUGUAGGAUGGAAAAAGGCUGUAAUAGGAUAGACCAGUGGAGAUCAAGAAAAUGAUAUAAUUGGGAUCUCUGGAUAAAAAAAAAUAGAAACAAUGGAAAGCAUACAUUUUUGAAUACUCCUAGCAACAAUGACAAUGGAUCUUGUUGUCUCUCUCUCUCAGGAAUGUUAAAUGUAUGUAAGGUAUUGUUUUGUUUCAUAACUUUAUUUAAAUUUCAACAAAAAUAUGGCUAAAGAAUGGAUAUGAAAGAUAUAAAGAUUGAUGUCUCUUUGUUUAACUUUUUUUUAUAACAUUUUAAAUCCAAUAAAGAUAUAUCAAAAAAGAAAAUAAUUAUAAAAACAUAACCCAAGUUAAUAUUUAUGUUGUCAUAUUUUUGUUUGCACAUCUCUAAGUGAAGUAGCUACUUCUUCUGUCUUUAGUGGUCAAAAUCUCCUUCCCACAAACACUCACAAAAUGUGUUUUAUAAUAUUUUCUAUUGUGUGUUGGAAAUAUAACGCGCAUUAUUUACAGUGUUUUAAGAUGUGAAGACAAUUGUCCCUUUUUUGCCCAUUUAUAUUGAUUUUGUUUGUUGUAUUUUUUCCUUUAGUUUUACAAGCAUGUUGUCCAGAGUGUGGAGAAGUUCAUCCAAAAGGUAACUUUUACUUUAAAAUAUGUGCUUAUGGGGUCCCUUCACAGUUAUAUAAAUUUUACAGAGCAUAUAGUAUGUGUGAACUUGAUAUUGGGGAGACUAUACAAUUGUACAAUUGUAGUAUUACAGCUUUACAAUGCCAUUGUCAAAAUUGCAUAAAUUUAGUAUUUCAAGAAUGUGGUGACAUAUUACUUGCAGAAUAGGCAAAACCUUAUAAUUUCUUUUUUUCCAUGCAGUGUUUUAUCUAGCAUGUGUCCCUAUCUGUGCUGUUAAUAGACACAUUUGGGUAAUCGUAUAUACAUUAUACUAUCAACUAAUGGACAACAGGCAGAGAAGACAGCAUUCAUAUAUUUGAUACAUCUGUUCUAGGAGAAGCCAGCUCCACUAUUGCAAGGAAAAGAACUGCCUGGGCACACAGGAUUAAAACAGCAUAGCAAGUGUAUCCCCACCAACAUUUUAAUUCACACAGCAGCAUUUGAGGAGAAAAGUGUAUGAGAAGCUUUACUUGCAUGUGCCCUGUCUCUCAAUGCUUACACUAACCCUAAGGAAUACCCUCUGCUAAUAAUAGUGUCUAUAUCAGCAUAUGGAUUUACUAGCUAAAACAGUAGAGAUCAGUCUGUGACCACCAUCUACAGGUUGUUUUCAAGUUGACAGAGAAUAGCUCACUGUAAUGCUGAGCCUCCUUCAUGCUUUCCCUGCUGAUUACACUGUGAUUGGUGCUGGGAAGCUGGCAAAGCCUACCACCGGUCACAAGUGGCAGGGGGCAUGCAGGGAGGUUUUCCUUUUAUAUGCUUGGGGAUUCCCGUGAGCAGCUGGCCAUCUAGAAUGACUGAUCAUCUCAUCUGCUGUAUUUUCAAUUGAUUUAAAGUGCUGUAUGCAGCACUCAUUUGAGCACCGCAUACAACUCAUCGAUCAGUCUGGGGCCAUUUAAUUACUAAGUUUGGCCCCAGCAGACAGAGGUGUCAGCAAGUAUCGAUUUGUACCUUAUUCUCCCUGAUGUAAACUGCUCACACCAAAACAUUAGAGCUUAUCAUUAUGCCCUAACAUCAUUACACCCCAUGCUUUGUAAGGCGUAAUGACAUGUCCUAACGUUAAGGAUUUUGUUGCACUUUUUUUUCACAAUGCACAACCACCUGGGAGCUUUAAAUUAUGUAGUGUGCAUAACAGCUUCCCUGUGCCAGUUCAGCAAUGUAAAAAUAAAUUAACAGCAAAAAAAGUUGAAUCCUCCUAUAUCCCAAUGCUCACCAUCUCAUUUCAUGAUAUUUUGUAUGGGUAAUGAAUAAGUAAUCCUCCUCAUUAUCACAUCCCCAGCAGAGAAGUUGGACUUAAUGCUUGUGUACAUUUGGAAUUAACUACCUAAUGUAUAAUUAAUCUUCAAUCUAAAGUUGACAAAGGUAUUUUAAAAUGUGUUCUGCAUUACUAAUGAAAAGGGGAAAAAAGGUAAGAGUUUUCAUACUAUCAACUAUAGUGCUGUUAGUAUAGUAUAUAAAUAUAUAUAUAUAUAUUUUUUUUUGUAUUUUUUUUUUUGAAUGAUCUGUUUAUAUACCAUGCUCAAUCGUGUACUGGUGCUUAAAUGAACACCUCAAAACCUCAAAUACCUAAAAAAAAAAAAAUCAAUUUUUGUUUCAUUUUACAAAAAGUGCAAUUUUUUGUAGAAAUUGGUACUUUUAUAAAUAAAUCUUGUUUAACCCCAGUGGCUGUCCAUCAAACUUCCAGUUCCAUCAGACUUUCAGUUCUGUUACUUUCAGGUAGUUUUGCAUAUGGAGCUAGACUCAAGAGGCAGGCAUUACUCAGUACUUGCAAAGACUUCUUAUUGAGCUGACUUGAGAAGUCUUUAAUUGGACAGCCACAAAAGGUCUGAGCUAUAGGAAGGGCGUUGCAAAGACUGCAGAGAAGAGAUCUGCAGCUUUUGCACGCUGUUUUUAGAUGGACACCCAAUGAAAAAAAAUUAAAUAAGUAAAUGCAUGCUUGAUUACAUUGGAGAUAUAUCUACUAAAUGUUGAUUUAUUUAUUUUUGUAUUUUAGAAGUGUAAUUUUUUUUUUUGUGUCUUUUCUACAGUGUAAACCAGAAUAUAAAGUUCCUGGGUUGUAUGUCAUUGAUUCCAUUGUUCGUCAGUCCAGGCAUCAGUUUGGUCAUGAUAAAGAUGUUUUUGCCCCCCGCUUCAGCAAUAACAUCAUUAACACUUUCCAGAAUUUGUAUCGCUGUCCUGCAGAUGAGAAGGUAAAUUCCAGAAUUUUCACAACAUUUUUAAAAUAAGUAUUGUUCUUUUACCCAUUUUGCAAUUAUUAAAUGAAUUAUAUCUGAAGGAGCUACAUUUCCCAUUAUUUGUUUUCCUCAAUAUGACAUGUAAGAGGUGGUACAGCAAGUAUUUAGUAAUUGAGGUGGAAAAAGAUAGUAGCGCUGUCUGUGAGCUUGCAUGCUGGAGAUUUUCAAGCUUUCAUUGUUCGUGUGUACUCUAAAUAUUGCUCAGUUUGAAAGAGUGGUGGAGGAAUUGUAAGUGAUUUCAUUGUACUGUUAAGCUUAUUAGUAAUCUUUCAAUUUCUUAUAGCCUGUUUGCUUAUAUUUUAAUACACCUAAAGUACUUUUAUUGGCUUUGUAUUACACAGCCUCAUUACAGUGCAGCCGCCAACUCAGUGUGUUCAGUAUUUAAAAGGAUUUUCUUCUUUUAAGACAACUUUAACAGUAGGACUCUCCUAAGAUGUGUGCUUUGACUUUGGCUGGUAAGCUUACACUUUAAUAGUUACUGCAGUUACUGGCAGCAUCUUGCCAUAUACUAAAACCCAUUGUGAAAGCACUUUUACAAAAAUCAGAUGGAUUCCACUAAAACAGCUUAUAGUAGUUAUAUUGCUCAGUGUGUCCAUUUAAGAGCAAUUUGGCAAAGCUGAAUCCUGCUUAUUCUGUUCAGAUAUUUAGGUUAGGUGAAACUCCAUUGUUUAUGUGGAAGUCAUAGGGGGUGGAUUAAAGCACCCGUAGCCUACUUGAACCAAACUACAAUAAGAUGUUAGAAGCAUAAUGUUUCUUGGUAUCAUGUGUAAUUAAUUACAAUUUUCUGCUAAGAUAACCUGGUAAUUUUGAGUUGAAAAAGGGGAGGAGCAGAUGUUCAAUUAUAGAUACAUAUGAUUAUUUUUUGUUCUAUUUUGAUGAAAUGCCUCUAAAAUAUGUAUGUAUGUUUUUUUUGGUUGUGUUUUUUUUUCGUUUAGAGCAAAAUUGUAAGAGUACUAAACCUGUGGCAAAAAAAUAAUGUGUUCAAGAGUGAAAUUAUUCAGCCUCUCCUUGACAUGGCUGCUGGGAUUCCUCCACCUGUUGUCACCCCAAAUCUACCUAGUACUGCAGCUGCGGUCAGCAACACACCAGGUAUUAUCUUCACCCGACAGCAGCUUUUAUUUUCUAUCAGUUGAUGCCUUCAUUAUGAUCUAUCAUGAGUUAAAAUGUAAUAUUCCUUUACUUUAACAGCAUGCAUCAACUGCAUUAAAUCGCAAAUAAAUAAAAUCGAUUUUACAUAGUUACAUAGCUGAAAAGAGACAUGCAUCCAUCAAGUUCAGCCUUUCUCACAUUUGUUUUUGCUGUUCCGAAAGAAGCUUAAAAAAUUGUCUGAAGCUCUUCCAAUUGUGCAACAGACUAGGGGGGGAAAUCCUUCUUGACCCCAGAAUGACAGUCAGAUAUCUCCUCGGAUCAGGAAUUAUUACCCCACUAAUUAAAAAUGAUAUCCCUGUAUGUUAUGUUUUUGCAAGUAUUUAUCCAAUUGCAGUUUAAACAUCUGUAUAUACUCUGAUAAAACCACCUGUUUAUUGUUCUUAAAAAAUCUUUUCCUUUGCCUUAGACUAAAUCUCCUUUCUUCCAAUCUAAAUGCCUUACGUAGUUUCCUAUGUAUAGUUCUAUUUAUGAAUAGAUUUCCAGUCAAUGGUUUGUAUUGGCCCUGAAUAUAAUUGUGUAGUGCUGUAAGUGAAUGAAGUUGUGUGAGCUGAUGGACAUGCAUAGCUUACGGCAGAGUAUGGCACCAUGCCCCUUUUCUCAGGCAUUCCAGCUCCCACUCCAACAUUGAUGCUCUGAGACGACAAUCCCACCGUAUAAAAGCAGUGAAGGAUAAGGGAAGGACGAAAAUGUUACCGGGACAUUCUUUUUAACAUCUUUUACCUAUUUCAGUUCCUAGAGGCUUCAGAUGGUUGAUAUUCUGUUAUCUAUUAUAGUUUUUCUUUUUUAGUUUAAUGUUUGCCAUCUCUUUUAAAAUUAAUUUGCCUGAAAAAUAUUAAGUUAUACUGUUCUUACAUUACUAUGUAUUAGUUUGACAUUAUAAAUUAAUCAGACCAACAAAUUGAUAACUACAUUUGUUAACAACGAUUUUCAUAAUCAAUUAUUGUUUUUAUCGAUUAUUUGUUGUAGUGCUAAUGCACACAUAAUCAGGCAUCAACCUAUGUUGCAUGUCAAUGCCAUGAAUCUGAUCAAUUCAAUUUUUCAGCCCAUUUCGAUCUGUGACCAUGGAACACUGUUUUGAUUUGAAAGGGUGCAGGGGCAGCAUCUAUGCCACAGAAUCACAUAAUUAAAAUAAAAUAAAAUGAUUUUGGUGUAUAAUGACUGUUACUAUGUUAUUCUAUUUCUUCUAGGUACUCCAGCUACACCAGUAACUCCAGCUAACAUAGUUCAGGGUAUACCAGACCCAUGGAUUGCUCAAAUAGCCAGUACAGAUACACUUGCUGCUGUGGCACAGAUUUUGCAAAGUCCUCAGGGACAGCAGGUAAGGAUUGUUUGUACCUUGUUAGUUCUAUAUAUUAUUUGCAGCAAUGAUUGGACUCAAGAGAAAUUUUACAGCAGGGGCCUCAAACUACUGGCCCACAGGCUGUUUAAGCAGUUGUCCAGUGUCUGAUAAUGUGUCUGUCGACGUCUGACAGGAUGGAAAAGGGGUGGAAACACUACAGAACAUCAUACCCCCGACUCCCUUUCACAGGCUGUUAGGGGAAUUUACUAAUGUGAGAAUUCAAAGUGAAUUUCAAAUUUAAGGUCUAAAUAGCCAAACUGGAAACAUUUUCUAAGUCAUCUAUGCUUUCAGUUUGACUGUUGUGACAUUAAAUUUGAAAUUCACUUUGAAUUCUCACUUUUGUAAAUAACCAUGUGUGUGCCAGAUUCUCAAGGAGAAUCCUGUUAGAACAAAAAUGCAUCCCAAGAUGCUAUUUUGCCAUGCUACAUGGUGAGUUAAAGGGAAGGUUUACGUCUGUAUGUAUGUGUGGUUAAUACACCACAUUUGGGAUUAAUAAAGUGCACUGUGGAGCUAAUACUGAAAAUGCUGGGUUAGUACAGUAUGGUGUGGGGUUAACACUGCAGUUGUGUGCAUAUAGGAGUGUGUGCAUCUGGCACGGUGUUUGUGUCUGGGAUUACUGUCUUGGAGUUCUCAUCUGACUGUGUGUCUGGAAGUAUGAGUCUGUGUGUGUUUGUGUCUUUGACUAUGGAUCUGUGUUAAAGGCUUUUGGGAAUAUGGGUCUUUGGCCUUCAGCCUCCAUGGAUAUAGAUAAAUUUGCCAGUGCCCCCCUCCAAUCCCCCCAAGGUAAAUAGCACUUUACAGCAUCUAGUAGAUCAUAGAACACUAUUUCUACAUGUCUGUCAUUUUCAAUCCAUUUAAUCUGUUUAGAUAUUAGUGGGUCAAUACAAGCACCAUAUCAAACUAUGCUAUUUGCUUAGAUUAUGAUAAACAGUGCUCCCUAUCUCUGUCUCUAUUAAUCUUGUUUGUUUUAGCUGCACACAAAAUGCAAUUCAGGAAACAGCUUGCAUUUGUUCCAAUGCUAUUUCAUAUGCAAGCCCACUUUAUUAAGGCAUUAAACCAUUAACAAAACAUAGUGUCAGUCUGCCACAUAGUGGGGAUAUAUGGAACCUUUUUCCUUAAAUUAAAAUAUUCUAGUUUGCAUUGCACAUAAUAGUUAUGUAUAUUGUUAAACUAUAGCAUUUUUUUUCAAUAGAAACAAUAAUUUAUUGAUUGUUUGGUUUUUAUGAAAUAUGCCUGUAUGUUUAAACAAAGCAUUUCAAUUAUACAUUUUUUGUUAAUAUUAAUAUACUCCUAAAUAUCCUAAUGCGUAGUGAUAUGGUUGUUCGCACACAUUGGGCCAGGUAUGUUUGAGUUACACACAAUGGGGCACCCACAUAUCCUAUCUCAGCAAUGAGUGUAAGAUGCACUCCUACUUCUUGGACCCCAUAGGGCUACACAGAAACUAAAUGGCCAAGCAGUGAUACUUAUGCCCAUAGUGCAUUGAGAAGUAAAUGCAAACCUGAACCAGGAAUAAAUGGUAAACUCAAAAUGUGAGCAAAUAAUUUCUACUUAAUUUUAAUGUUUCUUACAUUUCAAUUCUCUUUUAGCUCACUUGCUUUCUUGCCUUACUGGAUUGGCAUUGCUGUGUUUUUCAUCAGUAGUUGGGAUUUUUUAUAAAGUUUAUAGUUUUAUAAUUUUUAUGAUUCCCUUUUCAAUAGCUUCAGCAUCUGGUCCAAUCUUUGCACGUUCAGCAGCAGAAGCCCCAGCCUUCUCUUCUUCAAGCGUUAGACGCUGGUCUAGUUGUUCAGCUUCAGGCACUUACAGCUCAACUCACAGCAGCAGCCUCCUCAUCAAACACGUUAAAUCCACUGGAGCAGAGCAUGUCUCUCAGCAAGGUAUAACACAGUAUAUUGUGAACAUUAUUAUGUGUACUUAUUAUGUAAAGUUUUGCAUUUUUCUGUGUGACACAGUGAAAAAUGUCAGUUGAUCGAUAAAUUAUAACACUUAUUUAGUGUGAUUAUGUCUGUAUAAAGAUAUUCUAAUACCAGACUAAAAACGUCCUUUGGUACAUGACCCAUUACAAUCAUUUAUUUGCAGCUACACAUAUAAUUAUUAUUAUAUAUACUUAUUAUAAAAAAAAUAUAAAAAAAACAUAAACCGACAAUAUAGCCUUUAUUAAUCUUUUGACUUUCUUACAUAAUUGUCUUUUGUUCUAAAUGGCAUUCACCAGGGUAAAAUAAACAUAUAGUAGAUACUGGUAUAUUUGUGCAGGCAUGGUUAUAUUCUGGCAAGUGACCUGGCAUAGUGGUUAUGGUGCCAGAAGUACCCUGGCUUCAUCCUAAAGUAGCCAAUAAGCUCUUGAAUGGUUAAAACAAUUACCUGGGUUCCCACGGGCAUCUCCAGUCCAGCCUCCUCUUCAGGUAUGACUAAAGUGGAAGUUUCAUUUUAAGUAUCUUAAAAAAGGCCAGACCAAAGGUGCUCAAGGUUUGAAAACAGUUUGACAUACUAUGGGAUCGCAAUGGGGUGACUUACCUGGCAUCCCUGCUGCCGAUCCGGCCCGCCUGGGCCAUGUGACCGCGAGGUCCUUGCCGUCCAUAGUAGUGUCAGCAGGGGGAGUGCCUGUAAUGACAGGUAGUCCCCCUGCUGCCUGUAAAAAGUAAAAUAAAUGUUUAAAAACCGUUUGAAAUAAAAUAAUAUAUACUUAGAUCAUAUAUAUAUUAAAUAGAUGAUGAAGUGUGUGUGUGUAUAUAUAUAUAUAUAUAUAUAUUAUAUAUAUACACACACUUUUACAUACAUCCACAUACACUGUCUAAGUGUAUUUUAAUAUUAAAAUACACGUAGAAUGAUAUUUAUUAUAUAUAUAUAUAUAUAAUAUAAAAUAUGUAAAUAUGUUAAAUUUAAAUAUGUGUAAUUUCGUUCUAACUGUAUUUUGAUAUAUAUAUGAUGGCAUAUCAUUUGCAAUAGUAGACAACCCAAAGGUAUUGCAAAUGGGGUAUGUGCAGUCUUUUUUAGAAGCCACUUAGUCACAAACACUGGCCAAAAUUGGCGAUCAAAUUAGUUUUUUGCAUUUUUCACACACAAAUAUUAAUGCUAACAUUGGCCAGUGUUUGUGACCAAGUGGCUUCUAAAAAAGACUGCACAUACACCAUUUGCAAUACCUUUGGGUUGUCUACUAUUGCAAAUGGUAUGCCAUCAUGGGGGUUAUUCUCAUUCCUGGGCUGCCAUACGGUGUCAAAGGCAACGUAACCAAUCUGGCAAAUUUCAAUGUGAAAAAAAUGAAAAAUUUAACUCGCUAAAUUUGGCCCUGUAACUUCCCAAAACACCGUAAAACCUGUACAUAGGGGUACUGUUUUACAUGUGAGACAUUGCGCAAUACAAAUAUGUGUAUUUUAUUGCAGUAAAAGCAAACUGUAUUAUGACAUUCACAGUUAAAAUGUCAUGUAGAACAAAAAAAAUAACAUUUAUUUUCUCCCAUUUUUUUAUAUUUUAUUCGUAUUAAAUAAUGUUUCAUAGCUAAAUAUUUGAUGUUAAAUGAAAGCCAUGUUUUCCCUGAAUAAAAUGCUAUAUAUUAAGUGUGGGUGCACUUAAAAUAAAAAAGGUGAAUUACGGUUGAACAGACAUAGUCAAAUUCCAGGUCUUGUUUUGAUCACAACGUGUACAUUUGGCUCAGUCCUUAAGUGGUUAAUGGAUAGCCCCAAGAAAUGAAGUGAAACCGGUUAUCUUUAUAUUUAGUUGAUUUUAUUAAUACAUAUUUUUAUUUACGUACUAGAAACUAAUGGACAGGUUUGAUUUUGGAGAUGAUUCUAGCCAGCCCGAAGAGUCAAACAAGGAUACCCAACAGAUGUAAGUUUUUUUUUUUUUGUUUGUUUUUUUUUUUACAGUUACUUUUACUUUUUAUAUUUGUUUGCAUUUUUUCUCAUGUUUUGUAACAAUGUUAUUGAUUAAUUUCUAUAUUUUACGUACAGCAUAUUCUGUAUUAUUAGUCAUAAAUUAUUAUUGUGAAAACUAUGCAAUCCUUGUAUAGACAAUUAGGUUUGUAACAUGUCCUGGGCAUGUUUGGUGCACUCUGACUCUAUCAAGAGCUGCUUCACAUAUCCCACAGGUAUGACAAUUUUUAGGUGUUAUUUAUAACUUCAAUAAUGGAAAAUGAUCUCCAGAAGAAUAGGUGAAAGUGGAUGCAUGUUGUUUUUUUUUUUAGUUACACCGUGAGAUUUCAUAAAGAGUCAUGUGAUCUGUGUUUGUAUGGGGGUGUUCUUUGAGGGUUAAACAUCUCUAAUGAUCUGUGGGGGGUAUGUUUUAGCGGAGAGCAUGUGACUUGCGCCCCUUGCAGAGGUGCAGAUCACAGUAACUACUACUCAUGGCGUAGCACUCACCAAGUCAGAAUUCAGGCUCAGAGUUACGGCAGCAGUGCUCUAACCUACUGAGCAUCAGACUGCAAUGGAGAGAUUACUGUGUUCUGCACCAGGAAGAGGUGCAGACCACAUUCCCCAUACCCAGGCAAUUACAACCCCAUGUGCCCUGGAGGAGUUCUGCUGGCUGAAUUAAGGCAGAAGAAAAAAAUAACUGCUGGCUCCUGAAGCUGCAUGUCCAGAGCAUUGGAUGAUAGGAUUUCCACAUCUCUGAUUUUUAAAACUUUUUCUUCCUUUUCCAUUGGUAUUCUUACCACAUGGGGAAGGAAAUAAGAAUAGCACAUAGAAUGUGACGGUAGAUAAGAACCAUUCGGCCCAUCUAGUCUGCCCAAUUUACUAAAUACUUUCAUUAGUCCCUAGCCUUAUCUUAUAGUUAGGAUAGCCUUAUGCCUAUCCCACGCAUGCUUAAACAUCUUCACCAGGUCACCUUUGCACUUUUUUAGUUUAAGGAGUUGGCUUCAAUGUCAAACCUGUCUAUUAAAGAGACACACUGUAAACACUAAAACAACUUUAGGUGAAUCAAAUGGCUUUGACGUAUAGAUCAUGUCCCUGGAGUCUCCCUGCUUAAUUUUCUUCUAUUUAGGAGUUUAAUCACUUUAUAUAACCAGUUCUACCCACACCUCAUUUGGCUGAUGCUCACACAGCUCCCCUACACCUUAAAAAUAACAUACAUUGUUUUGGGUUCCCAUAUUGCACAGUUUGUUUAAUCUAGAAUUUCUUAUCCCCUUCUAAUAAUGACAUGCUAGAGCCUGGAACAGCUUCAUGUGUAUGAUUAAACUUCAGUUAACAGAGCAGGAGAUAAUAAUGUCUAAAGUAAACAUACUGUUGUGUCACAUCUGAAAAUUAAACCUUAUUUUUUUCAUGUAGGCUCUGUGAGUCACAUCCAGGGCGAGUGUGGCUAAGGCUGCAUAAAAAAAAAUAAAAGUGAUUUAAAUUCUAAAUGGCGUAGAUUUGAGCAGAGAGACUGCAUGGCAUGAUCUAUGCACUAAAGCUGCAUCAUUAAGCUAAAGUUGUUAAAGGACCGCUAUAGUGCCAGGAAAACAUACUCGUUUUCCUGGCACUAUAGUGCCCUGAGGGUGCCUCCACCCUUGGGGACCCCCUCCCGCCAAGCUGGAUGGAGAGGAAGGGGUUAAACUUACCUCUUUCUCCAGCACCGGGCGGGGAGAUCUCCUCUCCUCCUUCUUCUUCCGUCACCGGCUGAAUGCGCAGGCGCGGCAAGAGCCGCACGCGCAUUCAUCCAGUCCAUAGGAAAGCAUUCUCAAUGCUUUCCUAUGGAAGCUGGCGUCUUCUCACUGUGAAAAUCACAGUGAGAAGCGCAGAAGCCCUCUAGCGGCUGUCAAUGAGACAGCCACUAGAGGCUGGAUUAACCCUAAUGUAAACAUAGCAGUUUCUUUGAAACUGCUAUGUUUAUUAAAAAAAGGGUUAAACCAAGCUGGACCUGGCACCCAGACCACUUCAUUAAGCUGAAGUGGUCUGGGUGCCUAUAGUGGUCCUUUAAGCAAGUGUACCUUUUAAGCUUGACCAUUUUAUUUGUUAGUAUAUUUUUUUUGUUUGUUUUUGAAGAGGGACCAUUAGCUAGCCUGUUCUGAUAUUAAUAUGGUAGUGAUGCUAUAUGUCAGAUAGUUUUGAAUUGCAAUUUGUCCUUCAAAUAUGUUUUGAAACGUUACAUCUUCAUAAUUAAAUUACUGUUGAUGUGUAUAGAAAUAAUAAUUAAUUUUUUUGUUUGUUUGUGUAUGUGUCAUGUUGUAGACCUCGAGUAUCUGAGUCCAUGAACAACUCGCUAUUCCAUCAACUUGCAGAACAUUUGCAACAACAAAAUCUUGAACACCUUCGCCAACAGUUUAUGGAGCAACAUACUCCAAAGGUAAUUUAUUCACUUUUUUUACAGGGAUGAUAUUAUUUGCAUCAAGUUUGCUUAAAAAGUUUAGAAUAAAACACUGAUAAUGGGUAUGUGUUAAUAACACACCAGAAGCCCUAUUCAUUAAUUUCACCUUUCUUGCACUGCCUACAGUGCUGGUCUGUUUGACAGACACAAGAGGCAUGUUCUUGUCCAAAUGUGAACAUCACCUAGUUACACUGAUUCAUAAAAGGAAAUACUGGAACCACUUUGAUUCAAGAAUGUUCUUUCUCUGUGACUGUCUAGAUGCCAGCCAAGGAAAAUCAGGAUAUGUCUGAAUCUGAAAACUCUGCUACACCUUCUCAAGAUGAUAGCCAGCAGACCUUUCUAGAUCAAGAAUCACAAAUCCAUGCUUCUAUGAACAUGCAACAAGAGGUGAAUAGCAAUACUAAACUACUACAUUUAACUUAACCCAUUAAUAACAUUCUAUAUUACUGUAAAAUAUUUGCAGUUCAGUAAAUAUAUGCAAGCCAUUUUCCAGACCAUCAAGCUGAAGAGCCUCACCACUCGAUUUAACAGGUCUAGUUGUCAUUCUAAAAACUAUUUUACAUAGACUUAUUAUAUUGCUUAAGCAACAGAAUUUCUAUCAGUUAGUGUAAAGCCAAAAUGUUUAUUUGGUUUGUAGGUUGAUUUGAGUUAAUAUGAAGUGCACUUUUUUUACAGUCAUUGAUUUCAAUAACAGUAAUUAUCGGUGUGAUAAAAAUGAAAAUUUAAGUAAUGUUUUGAAUUGUGAUAUAUUGUUUUUAGGAUAUGGAUAUUGAGGAAAUGCAAGAUGUAACUGAAGAGAUGUUUGAGAAAGAGGAAAAGAAGAUAAUGAAAGAUGAAAGACCCAGGACACGUUCAAAAUCUCGUUCGAGGUUUGUGAUCAUUACUUUAUUUAUAGAUCUCUUUGCUUUUUCAAAACCAUUGACUAAAUUAUCUAAUUGAAGAUUUUGUUAUCUUUCAAAAGAUCCCCAAGAAAAAGGCGGUCAAGGUCACGCUCUGGCUCCAGGAAACGUAAACACAGAAAACGUUCUCGGUCAAGAUCUCGGGAAAGAAAACGGAAGACAUCCCGGUCAUACUCAAGUGAGAGACGAGCAAGAGAGAGGGAGAAAGAGCGGCAGAAAAAAGGCCUACCUCCCAUAAGAUCCAAAACGUUGAGUGGUAUGUACACUGUGCUCCUUUAUUUAUUCUUUUAUUUAAACUUUUUUUUUAAUUAUUAUUAUUAUUUACAGCUUGUUACAUUUGUUUUUAAUAUUUGCUUUCAGACGUAUAUGUAGACAUAUGUUAUAAAGAUCAUGUACUAGCAUAUCUUCUAGUCACAUUUUACAUUUGCAUAUGUAAAAAUUAUGGUUUUUUUCUUCUCAUUUUACCUUCAUUAGUAUGCAGUACUACACUGUGGGUUGGUCAGGUUGACAAAAAAGCCACUCAACAAGAUUUGACCAAUGUUUUUGAGGAGUUUGGACAGAUUGAAUCAAUCAAUGUAAGUAUGAAAGAAACACAACUUCAUAUGGUUUAUUAAGUAGUUGGUCCUUGUUACAGACUGGAAAUUGUGUAAAAAUGUCAUGUUAAAAUCAGCUUAUUAAUUUAUAAAUGUAAAAAUAUGUUUGUAACUUCUUACCACAUAACUUUUUUUUUAUUUUUUUUUAUAGAUGAUUCCCCCAAGAGGAUGUGCAUAUGUCUGCAUGGUUCACAGGCAAGAUGCCUUUCGGGCUCUUCAGAAGCUUAGUGCUGGCUCCUGCAAGAUUGGAUCUAAAAUAAUUAAGGUAUGUCUAGCCUUUGAAUGGGUCAUGCAAUGAUAAACAGUUUUGUAAAGGGACAAGAAAUUUUCGAUUUCCUCUUCAGUAAGUGAAGCAUAAUAUAUUUUUAAUAUAAUUUUUUUUAUGUAUAAAAUUUAUUAUGCGUUUGACAAGAUAUUCUGCAUUGGACUCACUAUAUAUUUUCUUAUGUUCAGAUUGCUUGGGCCUUAAAUAAAGGUGUAAAACAAGAAUACAAACAGUUCUGGGAUGUUGAUCUUGGAGUCACCUAUAUUCCAUGGGAGAAACUCAAGCUGGAUGAUCUAGAUGACUUUGCAGAAGGUGGAAUGAUUGACCAAGAGACUGUGAAUAAUGGUAAAAACCCAUUUAACUUAAACAGGGUAUUUAUGUAGUUUUUCUUUUAAUAGUGAAAGCGUUCUAGUAAAUGUUUUACAAGCAGUAUAUAUAUCUUAACCCAUAACAUUCAAACUUCUCCUCAUUAACUUCAACCACCCAGCAACCUUCACUGCUCCCUCUUUUCUUUUUUUCACGCACUGCACACAUCUCUCUGUACACUUUUCCUACUCCCAAACAAUCUCAUCCUAGACCCCAUCCAUACAACACCCAUUCUCACCUCUUGUCAUUGUCUCUACUUUUGUUUCUAGCAGCUGGUGAUGUCUCUCCCAAUACACAGGGUCUUUCACAUUCUCUGCUCACACUAAGCCAGACAGAAAACAUAUGAACCUCAUGCCCAUACCCUGUUAUUUAAUGCUCAAUUACCAACUUUCAGUGUGCGUUGUGGAACGCCCGCUCUGUCUGCAGCAAACAAAUUGACUAUACAAGACUUUUUCAUUUCAAACUGUCUGAGUCUGAGAACUGGCUAUCCCCCUUUGAUAGCGCUGCUCCAGCUUUUUUAAUGCGUCUGUGGCCUACAACUAUCCCACACAUUCUCAGCAACUGUAAAGGAAACUUUUGUGGCAUCCUUUUCUCCCCCCAAUUUACCUUUCAACCAAUCUCCCUUGCCUUAUCUUUUCCUUUGUUUGAAGUUCACACUUUCUUUUUAAACCUUUAAGAACUGCCAUCAUUGUUCAUCCCAGCUUGUUCAUUGAACACUCUCCUUCCUGGCCACCCCACUUUUUCUCCUCUAGCACUCCAUCCCUUAUCCUUGAGGACUUUAAUAUCCCAAUCAACAACCCUAACUACUCUGAUGCCUCUCGACUGCUCUGUAUAACGUCCUCCUUCGGCCUCACACAUUGGUUUAACGCAGCAACUCAUCUUCACAAACCUAUGUACCACCUCUAAUCAACCACAGUUUGCUGACCAUUGACAUCAGCACAUCCCAUAACCAAAUUAUACCACCCUUGGUACAUCAGUCUCUCAGAAAAUGCUGUUGUCUUGACUUACAGCAACUCUCCACCAACCUCCAAACUCUCCUUUUAUCUAUCCCAAACCUCACCUGCCCUAGCUCUGCAAAUCUCCCUUUACAACUUCAUCCUUUUCUCUUAAAUGGAUACUCUGGCACCUCCUACAUUUAAACAUUGUAAGCACCUCCAAUUAUAAUAUUGGCACACCAAGCAAACCCGGUACCUCCAAAAUUGCUCCAGAACUGCUGAACAAUAUUGGAGAAAUCUGAAUCCGACUUUCUCUACUAUAAUUUUAUGCUAUGCUCGUGCAAUAUCCACAAUCUACCAAGAACACAAACAACUCUUUUACACUUUUAACUCUUUUCUCUGCCCUGUUGCUUCUCCUCCUCCUGCUAACUGGCCCCGUACUGUUCUGAAUCUGUACUGCUUCCCUUGGUAAACUCAUCAGCUUCUUUGGCUUCCAGCAUUACUUCUAUGCAGAUGGCACGCAAAUCUAUCUGUCCUUUCCUGAACUCUCGCUGUCCCUAUUGAUUUGUGUCUCUGGCUGCCUCUCUGCUAUUUCUAACUGGAUGGCUGCUCAGUUCCUUAAACCUUAACCUAUCUAUAACAGAACUUCCCCCUUUAAGCAUUGCUACUCCCAUGUCUAUCUCCUUCCAAGUCAAUGGCACUACCAUCAGCUCUACCUUGUAGGCUCGCUGGCUAGGUAUUCUCUUUGACUUCAACCUCUCCUUCACCCCUCAACCUCUCCUUCACUUACAUCUCAAAAACAUAGCGUGCAUCCACCCCUAUUUAAUGCCAGAUGCAGCUAAGGUGCUGAUCUAUGUUGCUGUCUUCUCUCACCUUGACUACUGCAAUCCACUUCUCAGUGGGUUUACAUGCUCCCAAGUUGCCCAGUUACAGUCUAUAAUGACUGUGGCAGUGACGCUCAUCUUCCGCUCAUCUUCCUGUCCAACCAUACUUCCUACGUCUCCCCCUUCUGUUAGUCAGUACACUGGCUUCACAUAAGAUAUAAGGCUCAAUUUAAAAUUCUGGUACUUGCCUACAUAUCUCUACAUAGCACUGCUCCGACCUACUUAGCCUCACUAAUACACAAGUAUGUCCCGCCGACACCGCUACACUCUACCGUAGACCUGUCCAGUGCUGCACCAUUCCUUUGGAACUCCCUUCCCUGCUCUGUUUGACUCUUUCUCUGUUUCUUCAAAAACAAAUACUGUAUUUUCUGGCGUAUAAGAUGACUUUUUAACACUGGAAAAUCUUCUCCAAAGUCGGGGGUCGUCUUUUACGCCGGGUAUAGGGUCUAUAUGGCUGCCGGGGGCGCCCUUCUAAUGCCGUAGCCUGAGCGCUCUAUAGAGAGCGCUCAGACGGCUGCCACACUGCCUCUCUUCUCACCUCCCCUUCCCUGUGCAGAGUGGGUGGCUGAGCUCCUCUUCGUCCUGUCAGUCCUGCCGGGGACCGCGCAGUACAGGAGAUUCAGUUACCUGUUCCCGGCCGGACUGAAAGGAAGUGAGCACUCAGGACUGACAGGACGAAGAGGAGCUCGGCCACCCACUCUGCACAGGGAAGGGGAGGUGAGAAGAAUGUAGGAAGGAUUGGGGGAGGAGGAAUAAAAAUAAUGGAUGUAAAAAGAAUGGAGGGUGGGAGUAAAAAGAAUAUAUCACAAUUAGCCUCCUGUGUGCUAGACCAGCAGGCAUGGAUUAUAUGCCCAAACAGCCUGGCACAUACCUGGGCUUUAAAUGCUAUUUCAGAUUAUCAUUAUUUAAUGUCUUGCUGUGUAGCUCUGUCUGCUCACUGUACAUCAUAGCUAAUUUUUAUUUGGUGUGCAUUGGAAGAGGGGGUAGUAUUAUACGGCGAGUAUAUCCCAAACUCUAUAUUUUAACUGGAAAAGUUGGGGGUCGUCUUAUACGCCGGAAAAUAUGGUAUUUGAAAGCUCACUUCUUCAGGAAAGCAUAUCAGUUAAAGAGUUAAUAGUUUUUCCUCUCCACACCUUACUUCCUCUCCUGCAACUGUGUCCUCCCAUUGUACAGCGCUGCAGAACACUUUCUAAUUGGUAAUAAUAGCAUACAUUGUAAUAUUCACAUUUUUAUUACAUCAUGAAAUAUGACUUACAUUUUUAUUUAUUUUUUUAGAUUGGGAAACUCAGAAAAACCCUGAGCCUUCAACAGUCAAAGAACCAGCUCCUAAUCCCACAGUAACAACCACUGCAACGGUGCAGAGUUCUACUAUUCCUAAAAAUACAGUUAUAACAACUCAACAAGAGGCCUACAGUCAGCCAGUUGCAAUGCUUCAGGUAAAAACUGUAAAAUCCUAUGUUGUCUUAACUUUUCACAAUUUGAACAAAUAUGUAGUAUGUUAUUUAGAUAUAUUAGACAUGCAAGAAUGUGUUUCAGUUUACACAUAUAGUGUUUUGUAAGCAGAAGAGAAUAUUGUUUUCAUGCAAUAUUUUACUUGAAUGUGUUUGUAAAGUCACUGUCUUUUUCAUGAGCAAAAUCUUUAUGAAAAACUCUUGUAGAAUGUGUAGGAAAUUCAUCGGCAUUCUAACGCAAUUUUAUGAAGUGGGUAUUACUGUGUUUUAUGUGUAUAUACAAAAGAUCUACAGUAAAGGAAAAAUAAAACUCAUAGAGUAAUAUAGUUAAUUACACCAAUAUGCUAGUGUUCAAGGUUGCACUCACAAAAGUAUAUUGAUUCUAGGCAUAUCAGAUAAUUUAGACAUGGUAUAAGGUCCACAACAUGGAAAAUGGGCAUGUAGGAGAGCAUGAGAAAUACACAAUAAGUGUAGACUGUUAAAAACUUGAUUAUGCACUUAGAUAAAUGACACUUACAAGCUUGAAGUGAUAUAUGAGCAUAUCAAUAUCCACAUAUAUUUUAUGUGUGUGCAAUAAUUGGCAUGCUUUUGUAGCCAAAUCUUGCAUUUUACAUCAGUUGUGGCAAGCAGAAUGGUCCGUAAUAGGGACUGUGCAUGGUGAUGUGUAAUGGAAUGUGGCCUGCAAGUCUAAAGCACAAGAGGGACCCAACACCAAAGCAAUCUUAAAGUUAACUCUGGGCUGUUCUGUUUUUACAUGUAAACAGGCAUAUGUCAUUCACAGACCAACAUGUAUUGCAGGUUUUUUAUGUUAUUUUUUUUCGUUCAAAGGGGUUGUCUCUUAAAUUGUUGCUAGCCCUUUAAAGCAUCAGAGUUCCUUCUGGAACUAGAAAUAGAAACUUGUUUUAUAUGACUGCUUAAAUAUUAAGCAUGCUGUAAGACACUUGGUACACAAUGCCAUUGAAUGAAUCAUCUUGUAUUAAUAUUCAAUUUAUUUUUGUCUGAAACAGAUCCCAGUUGCUGCAACUGUCCCAGCUGUAAGCUUAGUGCCCCCAGCAUUUCCUGUCUCUAUGUCAGUGCCUCCACCAGGUUUUUCUGCAAUCCCACCACCUCCAUUUUUACGGACAGGUUUCAACCCUUCCCAACCACCACCAGGUAGGUUCAUUGUUUAAUUUAUAAGCAUUGACAUAUAAUACAGAAUUCUGAGAUCAAACUUUGCUUCAGGAGUACAAUCUCACCAUUUACAUUUGUAUGAAAGGACCGUUCCCGACACCAGUCCUUGGCGCCAUUUUACCUUAAGGGGUGAAACCAUUAAUGAGCGGUUUAACCAAAAAGUAUGAAAGACCAUGUCCGCUUCCUCUGCCACUUCACUGAAGGUUCAAGGCAUCUGAGUGCUAUUGGAAGGCUGUGAAAGUCAUCUGGGAGUUGUGGCUUUGGUGUUUACAGAGUACUAGUCAUUUCUCUGGUUAGAGGUGUUUUAUCUAGGAACAGAUACCUAAACCAAAGGUCCCUGGUCACAUGAAGUCUAUUUUUGUUGUGUCAUGCAGAAAGCAUUAUUUCCUCACACCCACUAUACAUAAUAGGUGUCAAACAUAUAAAAGAAAUAUAAGGAUUUCAAUAAUGUUGCCACAUGUGGCAGUUCCAGUGAGGCUAAAGGAGUACUAAAUAAUUUGGCUUUUAUUUUUAUUUAUUUAUUUCCCCACAGAGGUCUAUUUAAAGGAAAACUCUGGGCACCAACAUUACUUAAGUGCAUUUGGUUUUGACAGAUUUUGGCCCUCAUGUUGUGUUUUCCUGUUCAAAUCUCAUUCGUUUUCACAAAGCAACUUUUUUAUUUGACUUCUUACCUGUAUGCUGAGGAGAUAAGGGACAAAUAAUAAGAUGACUGUGCUUGGCUAUUGGGUGGGGUGAUGUCAACAGCUGAGCUCUGGAGUAUGUCCUUUAAAUACAUGUGAUGACGUUGCUUUGUGAAAAAAAGAAACAAAGGGUGUGUUUUUUUGUGUUUUUUUUUAUUUUUUAUUCCCUUUGUUUAAUGAUAGUGGUAUUUUUGUAAAAUUGAACCAGGCAAAUUUAAAUGAAAUACCGUUUGGGCUGUGCAAGCGUGCCCCUCCAGCUAAUAAAAUCAAAUUUACAAAAUUUUCAGCCACACAAGCAAAGGCAAGAAUACAGCUUAUUCUUCCUAAUUAUCUUUUCAGUUUUAGUAAAAUGCUAAUAGCAUUUUAAAGCAGAAAUGCAGAUUGUAGCUAUGCUGGUCACUUUUAUUUUUCUCUGCUGUGUAGGUUUUUUUUUUCCUCCUGAAUCAGACAAUGUUUGGUAGAGAUUCCACAUCAAUCCAUAGAUAAACAGAAUUUCAUAAUGCAACAAUAUAUAGAGUUCUCUACUAGAUAUAGAUGUUUCUCUGUAUGUAUGAUUUAAAGUUUUGAUGUCUGUGGUGAUCUGUACCUUCUGUUUACUACAGGUUUUAUUCCGCCUCCUGUACCACCUCCUGCAAUUCCCCCUCCUCCUCCUACUAUUAGCUCAGCUAUUACAACAGGUGAGAUAUUCUACCCUUAGCAGUAUUGCUAUUAUUUAUUUCAGCUCUUAAACAUCUACGUUAUUACUAAAUAAUAUUUUUAUUUUUUUUUAAUUUACAUUUCUUCAUAUAUUUUCAUUAUGAUUCAGUUUAUGUUUGCAGUAUAAUCCAUUGUACUGCUAUGAUUAUAUUCUGUUUUUGUGUAUGAAAAUAACAUUAGAAAUUUUAUAUUAUGUAAAUGCUCAUUAUUUGUAGGAGAACUAUAGUCCUAAAUUGUGAACAUUUAGUGCUUGAUUCAAACCUACUGUUUUAAAUGCACCAAACGUAAACACUGUAUUCUGUGUUCUGAUGGGUAUUUUGUUGCACAGCGUAUAUAUUCAUUAUCAGUAGAAUUUUUUUUACUGACUUUUUUUUUUUUGGGAUGGUGGUGACAAAUUUCACUUUUAUCCCAUUGAAAUCUUAUUUUUAUUUAUUUAUUUUUAGUCCAUAUACAUGAGGUCUCAUCAUUUAUUGUGCACAUCUGCUGAUGCACAUAGGAAAUCAUGGAUAUUUGGAAUGUGCAUUGGAUUCUGGGCUUUUCCAGAAACAACUUCUAUUUAAAGCAAAUUAAAGUUUUAAAUAAAUGCAAGAUUUAAAUUCAUAAAAUCACAAAUAAUAAUCUAGCCUUUCUCUCCAAAGUGACAAGUUGGUUUUUUUUUGUUUUGUUUUUUUUAUCAUUGGUAUCUGUAGGGAAUCUAAGACUUUGUUUAUAUAUUUGCAGCUCUAGUUCACCAACGAAUCCCCAUACCACCAGAUGCCAUGAAGGAGGUUUCGUAUGGAAGUAUGAUGUUACCUGUUAGUUCAGUUGUAACUACUCAGACUACUCCAGCAGUGUCUACACCAUCUAUUUUCAAUCCUGUUUCAAGUAACCAAGGAGAGCAAGACGAAAAAAGAUCAUUUCCUGGUGAAACACAAGUGCCAGAAAGUACAUCUACAAACCGUAAGCAUACCUUUUUUUUUUUUUUUUUGCUGACCAAUGCAUUUACGCUGUGUCAGUGAGAGGAAUGCCUUUAUUAUUAAAAAUUAAUUGUAGGACAGCAAGCUUUUAAAAAAAAUAAAAACAAAAUCACAGCUUAUCUGUUUGUUGUGCAUUUGUACUCACUGCUAACAGAAUUGAGAUCAGCGAUAGACCCCUGCUAUUUGGAUUUCAUUUCUGCAGUGGCAUUAAUUCCAAAAUAGCUUCACCUGUCUAUUCAUGAUUAUACUCUUUCUUGGCCACGUUCCUUUUAUUUAUAUGUAUUACCUUUUCCUUUUUUGAUUUUAAUAUCUGAGUGUAGCCAUUUUGUUCUAAUCUGUCCAUUAUGUCUGCUGUUUGCCCCUCUAUGGAAUUGAUUUUGUUGAUGGAUUGUGGGUAAAUUUGAUUGGCAACUGAAACCGAACCUUGCUUUAAGCUGCACUAAUUGUCAAGUUUUGUCAACUUGACUGUCAUACAUAAGGAAUGUAUUUUAUGAAAACAAGCGCUCAGGAAUAAAAUAAAGAGAUUUGGUCACAUGGAGCAACAUAGAAGUAGAUUAAAUAACUAUAUAGCCAAAUUGUAACUAAAUUUCCCAAUUUCCAUGCUACAAAAAAGAAACAAUUAAGAUGUCUGGGGUCAAUUUAUGAUUGAGGUAUCAUUGGUGUCAAGUUUUGGGAGUAGCAUUAAGGUUCUUGUAUCAGGCGAAUUGGAACAGCUCAAGACAAUUUGGAAUAGCAAAAUUACCUAUGAUGAAGAGACCACUGAGAUUUUAGCAGACAGUUGAACUGCAGCCAAAUGAAAGUACACAUUCAGUUGAAAUAAUUAAAUCUGACUUGUGAAUUCCUGAAUUGCGACAACCAAUUAUUUGAAUGCUUUUACAGUUGCCGUUGGUUUGUAUUUUAACUGUUGUAUCUCUGUGUUUUGUUGUCUUUAUUUUAUAUUGAUCUGGUUUGCUUUUACCACCAAUACCACUUUUCAUCUUACUCCUAUAUUGAUUAACUUAUUUUGACUUUUCCAGAUUCUCAAAGUACCGUGGUUAGCAGCACUGGGAUCCUGGGUGUGCAACAUCCUUCUCCUGUUACAGCGCAUAUUCCUCAUUUAAACAUCCAUGGUCGAGUUCCAAGCAUGCCUUUUUUGGAUAUUCGUCCAGGGAUUUUGCAACAACCACCUACAGCAAGAUUUGCUAUGUUACAACCUGGAUUGCCUCCACCACCUCCUCCAAGAAGCAUCCUUCCUCCAACAUUGAUUGAUCCAUCAGUCCAUCCAUUGCCUUUUCCACCAGGUGACAUUUUUACCCACCCUGAAAGACCUUAUGGUGUCCAAGGGAGACCAGGCACAGAUGCAGUUAAUAUACAAGAAAAAAAUAUACCUGUUCCCAAUGACCACAUUCGGCAAGACGGAGAUCAGGAUUAUCGUUUUCCACGAAUAGAAAAACAUGAGAAUCCUGGUCAGACAUCAACAGGUGAACACGGUAGUGGAAGAAUGCCAGCUGGAGGUAGCCAGGAUAAUCAAGGCGUUAAUUCUGCAGAGCAGUCUGAUGUUGGACAUAAAGGGGAUAAUCACGAACUACAGGAUAUGGCCGUUGUAGAUCCUUGUGAGGGUCAGGAAAAGCUUAUUGCAGACUCUUUGGGUCACAUGUCCCCCGAUGAAUCCCUUGAGAGUGAAAGGAAACAUGAAAUGGAUACUUUAGACAAAAGCAGAGCCCCUGGUCUUCAUGCAUAUGAUAUUGGAACAAAUUCCUCAGACAGCCAUGACAGUCAAUUAAGACCACCUGUGGAUAUACGGCCGCAGUUUGGAGGUCCUCCAGUAGAUAUGUUACCACCUUUUGGGAGGCAUCUAUUUGAAGGCAGGGAGUUUUUCGGAAGACCACCUUUGGAGGGAAGGGAUCAUUUUGGCAGGCCACCUAUAGAUGUACGAGAUCAUUUUGUGAGGCCCCCAAUGGAGAGUAGGGAUCAUUAUGGACGACCUCCAUUAGAGGAUAGGAGUCAUUUUGGAAGGCCACCCAUUGAUGGUAGAGAACAUUUUGGAAGACCACCUCAAGAUAUAAGGGAUGACCACGGAAGGCAGCCUCCAGAUGUUGGUAGUAGAAGAGAGCACUUCAAUUUUCCCCCAGAUAAACCUUGGGGACAUAGAGGUGAUUUUGAUGAAAGACAACAUCACUUUUUUCCUGGGUUUGGAGGGCCUAAAGGCUUUCAUGAUGAAAGAUUUCGCCAUGGAAACCACAGGCCAGAACUGAGAAAUGUUCCUAAUUGGAACAGGGGGUUUGAACAAGAUGGACAUAGGGAUUUUGAUGACCGACGAAGACCUUGGGACAGACAAAGGGAUAGAGAUGAUCGAGAUUUUGGGUUCCGUAGGGAAGUCAAUGGCAACCGUUUUGGAAGAGAGAGACCACCAAACUGGGUGCCUCCUCAGCCUCAUGUUUUUGAAUAUUUCCCUGAGGCAACUUCUGUUCCACAAAAAGAUGACAGUGCUCCUCAGGUUAAUGGUGAAAGUCCUGAAAACAGCAGUGAGCAACAAACUGUUAAAAAAUCAAUUGAUACUGAACUUUCUGAAAAGCAAGAGUCUCCAGUCAAGGUGAACAAGGAGAAAGAUGUCAAGGAACCUGAAAUAGAAUGUCAACCAGUGGUUGAAAGCACAGAAACUGAGGGAACAUAAUCAUCACUCAGUAGGUAAAGAUACCUUUUGUAAAGUUGUCAUCUCUCUAAUAGAAUAAUGGCUGACUGGACCUUAGUAGUUUGCUUUUUAUCAGCCAGAAUUAAGUUAAUCACCUUUCACUUAAAUAACUGUACAACUGACUUGUAUAGACUUCUCUUACUCUGAAAAUUGUAGGUAGAGAGUUUUUUUUUUCCCAUUAGGAAUCCGCAAAACAUUGCCCCACUUGCUUUUAACCAAAUCUUUAAAUGUCCAUAAAAGAGACUUCCUAUGGAAGAACACAACAAUUUUUAAUGCUGCCGAUGCGUUGGAUCUGGUUGCAUUUCAGGCUGCUUAUGACUUUUAAGUUUAGAAAAGACGUGAAUAUUUCAAUGUUCCUUCAAAUUGGCUUAAAAAUAUUACUGCCUGUUUGUGCAGAUUGCAGUACUAAGAUAAAAAAGAAAACAAAUAUUUUGUAAAAUUGACAUCACAAUCCCUGUAAUAAUCAAAAGUUAAGUGUCUGUGAUUUAUUUCUUGUACUGCAGUGAGUAAAACAACGAAAUAUCUGAAAAAGUAUGUUUAAAUGUUGGGUGCAUUUUGUUUUUAGAUCCUAAUAAAACAUUUGUUUGAUAACAGUGUGCCAGGUAUUGUAUUUUUUUUUUUACUUGCCAUGUUGUUAAAAAGUGGGUUUCACAUGAGCAUGUUUAUACAUAUAGAACAUUGCUUAAAUAAUUUAUAAAGGACAGUCCUUAUAUUGCUCAUAGGAACAUGCAUUGGCACGUGCUGGAGAUUUGUCUCUUAAGACCAUGUACUCUGUGGCUUUGCUAUGUUCCAACGUAAUUGUAUUUAAAGUGAAAGAAAUCUUCUUAUAAUAUAACAUUUGUCUGAAACAUUUUUCUUCUCUUAUUUAAAAAACAGUAAUGAUGUUUUAUGGAUUUUAUUUUUUUUAUUUUUUUAUAAUGGGGAAGCGUAGGAUUUUUUUUUAAAUGGAGCAUAACUUCUGCACUGGUGAACUAGUGUUUUGUUUAUCAGAUAGUAUGUAUUAUGUGCACCUUUAUUUUUAAUUUUAUGUUUUGUGAGAAGCUAAUUACAUGUUCCUUCAGAUUUGUAUUGCAGAGGUUGUUAUUGAUAUGACUUAUAUUUGCAGGAUAGUAAUAAAAUGCUAAUUU